AUGGAGUUGGAGGAAGGAUACAAUGGGGUGAGUGAUUGGCAUGGGGAGGGGAGGGGAAGGGAAGGAGAUGGGGUUUUGUACAGUGAGGGGUGAUACAGUCAAAGUUCUAACCUGCCCACCCCCCAGAAAAACAGUGUUUCCCAAAUUUAGGUCUCCAGUUGUUGGACUACAACUCCCAUCAUCCCUAGCUAGCAGGACCAGUGGUCAGGGAUAAUGGGAGUUGUAGUCCAAAAACCGCUGAAAACCCGAGUUUGGGGAACCUACCACAGAGCAAAGAUAGGGAGCCUGUGGCGCUCCAGACAUUGUUGGACAUUGUUGGGACGCGGGUGGCGCUGUGGGUUAAACCACAGAGCCUAGGUCUUGCCGAUCAGAAGGUCGGCGGUUCGGAUCCCCGCGACAGGGUGAGCUCCCGUUGCUCAGUCCCUGCUCCUGCCAACCUAGCAGUUCAAAAGCACGUCAAAGUGCAAGUAGAUAAAUAGGUACCGCUCCAGCGGGAAGGUAAACAGUGUUUCCGUGCACUGCUCUGGUUUGCCAGAAGCGGCUUAGUCAUGCUGGCCACGUGACCCGCAAGCUGUACGCCAGCUCCCUCGGCCAAUAAAGCGAGAUGAGCACCGCAACCCCAGAGUCGGCCACGACUGGACCUAACGGUCAGGGGUCCCUUUACCUUUGCCACAGAGCAAAGAUAGGGAGCCUGUGGCGCUCCAGACAGUGUUGGACUCCAACUCCCAUCAUCCCCAGCUAGCAGAGCCAAUUGCCAGGGCUGAUGGGAGUGGGAGUUGGAGACUGGCAACCUCUGGAGGGCUCCCUUCUGUAUUUUAGAAAGGGCAGUGCUUUUUUAUAAAUCAGAUUCGCUGAUUGGCAACUGGCAUUGGUAGUUUCUACACAAAAUACUCUUGUUAUAUGAGGGGUUUUGUGGGUGGAGAGAAAGGUCUGAUUUGAGAGUGCGUGGAGUUUCCAGGGUGCUUGGUUGGGACCUCAAGUUAUGGGUGAUCCAAGCAGGGCAAGGUGGGGCUUCUCGAUGCUGCCACUGAUAUGGUCUCGCGUCUUCCUUACCAGAACCCGGCACUGGGUGCCCGCACUGGGUCGGCCAUGGCGAUCAUCGGAGCAGAAGACGAGGACUUCGAAAACGACAUCGAACCAGUAAGUGGGAGGUUCGGGAGAGGCCAGGGUUCUAACAGCAGGAGGAAGGUCACGACAGCACCAUAGCUCAGUGGCAGAACACCUGCCUGGCAUGCAGAAGGUUGAAUCAUCAGCAUCUCCAGGUGGGGCUGGGAGAGCCCCUUCCCUGAGUCCCUGCUGCCGGCCUGUGUUGAUCAGACGAACCUUUGGCCUCUAAAAGUUGCUGAACUACCGUUCCCAUCCUCCCUGCCAAUUGGCCACGCUUGCUGGAGCUGAUAGGAGGUCAUAGCUGAGCAAGAUCAGGAGGGCCAGAGCUUCUCCACACGUGGGGUAGACAGUGCUGAUCUGGGUGGGCUUGUUAGAAGGAAACUUGUGAACAAACACCGAGAGUGAUCUGGAAGGAACUGUGUUGAAAGGAGGCAGUGAGGAGAGGGUGGGGUGGAGAAGGUAAGAGUGGGGGAAAUCCCCCACUCUCUCUCUCUCUCUCUUUUUUGUUGCUCCCCUCAGUUCCAGAACCCAGAUGCACAAAGCAGCAUGUUCCAGAGCCUGGACCUCUUAACACGGCACCCCGCCUACUUGAUGGUUUUUCUGCAGCAUGUGGUACUGCAGUUUGACUCCAGCCCUGUGGUAAGCCUUGCAUUUUUUUUUUGUCAUUGUUGAUUUAUUAACCCCCUUCUAAACCACCUCUCAAGACGAUUUAGACCAUGGGUAGGCAAACUAAGGCCCGGGGGGGUUGGAUCCGGCCCAAUCGCCUUCUAAAUCCGGCCCGUGGAUGGUCCGGGAAUCAGCGUGUUUUUACGUGGGUAGAAUGUGUGCUUUUAUUUAAAAUGCAUCUCUGGGUUAUUUGUGGGGCAUAGGAAUUCGUUUACCCCCCCCAAAAAAAUAUAUAGUCCGGCCCCCCACAAGUUCUGAGGGACAGUGGACCGGCCCCCUGCUGAAAAUGUUUGCUGACCUCUGAUUUAGACAUAAGGUGAUUUUGGAAAGUUAAAAACAACAGAUGCAUUUAAAACAAGACUAAAACCCUAACAAGUGGACACUCGUUUAAAGACUCGUUCAUUCAUGAGGAUUAGCUUCCUACCACGCUUGGCUGUGGUGCGAUUAGGUGGGUCGGCCCACGCAGGCACAUCUCACUGCUGGUUUCCCGAAGCUCAUGCAGGGGACAAGCGUGAGUGUAUUUUCUCAGACCAAAUAAUUUGCACCAAUUGUCAGCUUCAAUAGUGAACUUCCCACGUAACAAGACUUUUGACAUGCUUUAAUUCAGGCAAUUCUUUGCACUGAUCUGUCCUGUUCACGGUCAGCUGGAAUGGCAAGAUUGACAAACGGAAUAAGAGAUCAAGAUGAUUUUUAUUUUUUUUAAGAAGACUGGAAAUGUUUUGAGGAUCAUUUGGAAAAUUAUUGUAAGCCUUUUAAAAAAUUAACAGUAACAGUAAAUUUAGCAGUAACAAUUGCUGAGAUAUAAAAAUGAGAAAAUGAAAAGAGAGGGAUUAAUUAGAAUAUGUAGUGGAAAAGAAAAUGAUGAAGUGAACCAUGGAAAGGGCGGGGGAUGUCUAAAUGAAAUGUGUUUUUGGUAUUUGGAUUAUUAUCUAUUGUUUUAAUUGUAAAAUAAAAAUGAUAAAUACAUUUUUUUUUUAAUGGAAUCGCAUUGUGCAGGUUUUUCUGGGCUGCACCAGUUUUGCCGACAGAUGAUGAAAUUGCAUGUUAAAUGCAGCCUAAAAUAAACAUAAACAAAACUAGCCUGCUGGGGAGAAAAUGCUCUAGCCCAGCUUUCAGUGUUGCUAAACCACCCUCCUAUCUAUGGGCUUAUACCUGUUGUGUGGCAUAGUUCUCAGUAUGUGAGAGGUUCCUGGCAGAAGCUCAGGACCCUGUAGCUAUUCUUGAUUUCGUCCUUGUAUUGCCAGCUGUUGUUUCCCCCCAGCAAGUUUCUAGUCCCUUUUAUUAAGGAAAAUAUAAGGAAAAACCUGGGGGCAGGUAGGCAUUCUUAGCUCAUUGCUCAGUGAGAAGCAAACCUUCGCCAGUCACCCACUGUCCCAAGCCUUGCAGGCAAGGGCACUGAGAUUAUUUACGAAGCACUCAAGAAUAUUUUUUUUAAGUGCUGUACAAACAGUAGGAUAGACCUGCGGCCAGUGGCUUGCAGUCUUAGACACAAUAGCAAAAGGAGGAGGUGUGGGUAGAGAAGGAAAGGGAAAAGCCCAUUCGGAUACCAAACGUGUUUUCAUUUAUCAUUGGGCUGGAUAAAGAUCAGUAAGCAAGGCAGUCUCUGCUGUAGGCUUGCAGUCUGAUAGACAUGACACAAAAGGAAAGUGGAAUGAGGAGGGCAUGGGAAAAUAAGCAAAUUAAGGCUCCAAGUCUUAAAAGUUAAUGUAUCACCAUUGAUAAAUUCUGACAUCAUGAACGCGAGGUCAGUGCAGGAAGCAGUUAUGGAUGGCAUAGACUCAAAUGGUGGUUGGUCCCAGCCAAGCCAAUGGAGGGCGUCCCAUGGUGUAACCUUGCCCUCUCACGCAGGCAGGCAGGAUGAUUGACAGUUAGUGGAAGCAAUGGCUUCACUUCCCUGUUUUACAUGUAUAGACCAAUGCAGAGGGGAGCAGGGAAGGAGGGCCUUUCUGAACUUUCCUUCCUUCUCUCAUUUAAUGUUGCAUUGAUUAGGACUGGAGUGUUGUUGAUUUUAUUUUGCAUUUCUGUGCCACUUUCCUUUCAAAUGAACCCCAAAGUGACUUAUAAACCAUAAAUAGCAAUGGCAUAAUAAGAGCAUCACAAGCACAGCAUAGAUCACAUAAUUAACAAAUCAUCAGCAAAACAAUAGCAGUCUCUAAAACUCUCUUAACAAACCAGCAACUAAGAAAUAAGCUAACGCUCGCAAUUACGGCGUCAGUCAUAUUAUAUGAUUACCAAAUCAAUGGGGCAUUUAUAAUCUAUAGAACGAUAUUAAACAAGAAAGCAACUAAAAAUAAGCUAUUAAGUUCUCUCUCACACACGCACACACCUUCUCUCAAUGACUCAUAAUCUUUCGCUCUGUUCAGUUCAUUAAAACACACAUACCCAUCCAUCAUCUGGGAGUUUUGGGGAGUCGCCAUCUUGAAUUGACACAAGAGGGCCAGGUGAGAAGGAAUCCGGCCCCGCCUUUCCUCAGCCGGCUGCCAGCUGCUUCUUUCCUAACUGCCUUCCUUUCUUUCAGCUCUGUUACCUUCAUGUGGACCUCAUACUGAACCGCCUCGGGGCCAAAGAGGCGAAGAAGCAGUUUGUGGAAUUCUGCCAUACGUUCCUAGACAAAGCCGGGGUAAGCCAACUCUGCGGGAGAUCACUUCACGGUGACGAUGGUUAUCUUUAUGAAUCUAUACCCUACGGGUGGUGUUCUCAUAAUCUUACUCAGAGUAGACCUAUGGAAAUUACUGGACCUCACUUUGUCCCAUUUAUUAAUUUCAGAAGGUCUCCUCUGAGAAAAACAUACAGGCCACAGUCACACCAUAGGUUUAAAGAGCUGUGAUAAAAAUCAAAAAGUUGUGGCUUGCCUCCCCCCAGAGGAUCCUGGGAGUUGUAGUCUGUUGUGGGCGCUGAGAGUUGUCAGGAGACACCUCCCCCCCUUUAUUCCCCUCAACGGAGCUACAGUUCCCAAAGUGGUAUAAUAAUAAUAAUAAUAAUAAUUAAUAAUAAUUUAUUUAUACCCCGCCCAUCUGGCUGAGUUUCCCCAGCCACUCUGGGCGGCUUCCAAUCAAGUGUUUAAAAACAGUGCAGCAUUAAAUAUUAAAAACUUCCCUGAACAGGGCUGCCUUAAGAUGUCUUUUAAAGAUAGGAUAGCUGUUUAUUUCCUUCACAUCUGAAGGGAGGGCGUUCCACAGGGUGGGUGCCACUACCGAGAAGGCCCUCUGUCUGGUUCCCUGUAACCUCACUUCUCGCAAUGAGGGAACCGCCAGAAGGCCCUCGGAGCUGGAUCUCACUGUGGGGGUGGAGACGCUCUUUCAACAGUCAAUGCCUCUUCAGCAGCUCCGGGAAUUGUAGCUCUGUGAGGGGAAAUAUGGGGCCUCCUGGCACCUUUUAAAAAAACUGCAGUUCCCAAGGUCAUUUGGGGGAGAAGCCGUGUUUGAAGUGGUGUCAUAGCGCUUUAAAUGUAUGUUGACUUACCACCCUCUCUGUCCACAAAAGUACAUGAGGCAGCAACCAUAAGAUGGACACCAUACGGAAGUACAUUGCAGUAACAAACAGCAGUUGAAAACAAACUAGCAGCAGUUUUAAAAGCAGAAAAUGGGAUAGAAAGUGGAGAGCCUUGAGACACUCCCUUCCUCUCCUCCGGCACCACUUUCUCCAGCUGGCUUUAACCAGCGUUCUCUCAUAACCAAGAUUCGAAACCAAAGUUCUGAAGCUCCUGCAAUUAUUCCACUCCUUCUACAACUCGAGUGGUUUAGUAGCUGUGGGGCGAUUCCCUCACAGGCCCGUUCAAGGGUUUUGGGCAUCUCGCAUGCUGCCUCAAUGAUGUCGGGGAUCCACUUUUACCACAAUUCAGGUUCAGCCUGGUCCACAACACGUGGCAGAAUGAGGGGUUGCUUGUUCUAAUCAUUAUCCCUUAUCUUUUCGGCAGCUGCUGAGGGUCCCUGUUCCAUCCUCCGUUCAGUUUGAGCUGGGUAAGACCCAAAGCGAAUGAUGUGCUUGUUGUGCGUGAGUAUGCAGUAGGGAAACAGGGCUUUCAUCUCUUUUGCACUGGGGAAUUUUGCAGAAAGAGCGCGUUUUAUGCAAAGUCAACCCUCUGGCGGUAUUAUUAUUUGCAAAUUAUUAUUGUUUUGCAUAAUAAUUUACAUGCGUUCAGAAACACCAUAGAUCCUUUUACGAAAGUCCUGGCAGACUGUGGCGAGAGAAGCAAAUACAGUUAAUAAUAAUAAUAAUAAUAAUAAUAAUAAUAAUAAUAAAUUUUAUUUAUAUCCCGCCCUCCCCAGCCGAAGCCGGGCUCAGGGCGGAUAACAACAAUAAAACAGUACAAAAGUACAGCACAAACAACACUCUAAAAUCAUUCAUUAUAAAAUUAAUUAAUUCAAGCCACUGACAACCAUUGGGCCAGAGCUCCGCAAGAUUGCCAAGGGAGGGAGUCAGGCUGUGCCCUGGCCAAAGGCCUGGUGGAACAGCUCUGUCUUGCAGGCCCUGCGGAAAGAUGUCAAGUCCCGCAGGGCCCUGGUCUCUUGUGACAGAGUGUUCCACCAGAUCGGAGCCACGGCCGAAAAGCCCUGGCUCUAGUUGAGGCCAGCCUAACUUCUCUGUGGCCUGGGACCUUCAAGAUGUUUUUAUUUGAAGACCGUAAGUUUCUCUGUGGGGCAUACCAGGAGAGGCGGUCCCGUAGGUAUGAGGGUCCUAGGCCGUAUAGGGCUUUAAAGGUUAAAACCAGCACCUUAAACCUGAUCCUGUACUCCACCGGGAGCCAGUGCAGCUGGUAUAGCACCGGGUGAAUGUGAUCUUGCAGCGAAGACCCCGUAAGGAGUCUCGCCGCGGCAUUCUGCACCUGCUGGAGUUUCUGGGUCAGUCUCAAGGGCAGCCCCACGUAGAGCGAGUUACAAUAAUCCAGUCUGGAGGUGACUGUCGCGUGGAUCACAGUGGCUAGGUCAGGGCGAGAGAGGUAAGGAGCCAACUGCUUAGCUUGGCGGAGAUGGGUUAUGGGUCUUGUGCAGCUUGACGUAAUUGCAGGAGAGCCAUGGAAUUUUGCCACUGGUAGCAAAGUCCAGCAUCUUGAAAACACUGGCAUUUUUUGUUCUGCCGGCUAAAAGUCAAGUUAGUAGUUCUUGUGGAUGUGCAAAGUGUGUGGGCAUUGCCUGAUGGCAACUCUGGAGCAAUAGGGGAAGCCAGGUGUGUGGGGGGUGGGGGUUUUUUACCAUGACUUACCAGGAUUUUCAUUGGACAGGCUUACCAGAAGGUGCUCUCAAUAGCUGAGGACUCUGCUCCCUGGCUGGCAAGGGCAGGAAUAAAAUUAUGCAAGGUUGCUUCGUUUAUGCAGGAUUCAGUUUUUGUUUGUAUGUGAAGCAUUUUCAUAUUAAGUGCAAACUAUGUGGAAUUGCUGCAGGACCAGGUAAUUGGAGCUAGAGGGGAAGUUGCACAGAAGGCAGAAAAUUUUGCAAGUUGGUUGGAGGCACGGCAAGUGAGUUUCAUCAGCUGCCUUGGGCAAGGAUUGCCCCUCCCAGUCCAAAACUGAAGAGGCUUUUAUGGCACAGUAGCUCCUAAAGCCUGUGGGCUGUUCCCCACCCCAUCCCACCCUCCGCUCCUUGCAGUUAGUGAUCUAAUGGUUAGAGUGUCGAACUGCGAGACCACAGUUCAAAUCCCCCUACCCAGCCAUGAAGCUCACUAGAUGACCUUGGGCCAGUCACUUGCUACUCAGCCUGACCUCCCUUUCAGGGUUGUUGUGAAGAUAAAAAGCAAGGCGGGGAGAACCACGCUCCCUCCCUUGAGCUCCUUGGACGGAAAGGCAGUACAGUGGUACCUCUGGAUACGAACGGAAUCCGUUCCGGAGCCCCGUUCGCAUCCAGAAGUGAACGCAACCCGCGUCUGCGUGUCGCAAUUUGCCGCUUCUGCGCACACGCAUGACAUCAUUUUGACCGUCUGCGCAUGCGCGAGUGGCAAAACCCGGAAGUAACGCGUUCCAUUAUUUCCGGGUUGCCGCAGAGCGCAACCCGAAAGCACUCAACCUGAAGCAACUUCAACCCGAGGUAUGACUGUACAGUGAUACCUCGGGUUAAGUACUGAAUUUGUUCCGGAGCUCCGUACUUAACCUGAAACUGUUCUUAACCUGAAGCACUACUUUAGCUAAUGGGGCGUCCUGCUGCUGCCACGCCGCCGGAGCCCAAUUUCUGUUCUCAUCCUGAAGCACUAUUUCUGGCUUAGUGGAGUGUGUAACCUGAAGCGUAUGUAACCUGAAGCGUAUGUAACCCGAGGUACCACUGUAUAUAAACAUAACAAACGCAGGAAAUACUUAGGGAAAGAAGCUGCAGGGCUGAACUGAAAUAUCUACCCACUCUGGAGUUGGCGAUCCUGGUUGCCACACAGCAGACGUGUUGCAAAAUUACGUUUUAAGCUCACGGCAAAGAGGAGCCGGGAGUUGACUUAACACUUGUUGCUGCACUUCACAAAAGCAUGUGACAUAAUGUAUAACCGCGUUGGGUCUCCGGUGGUGCAGCAAGACUGCUUGCCUGGUCCCUGGUCCCGUUCUGCUCCCUUUCCAGAUAUUGUCGCCUUCGCCCCUCCCUCCGAGCUGCAGCCCCUAAACUGUUCUCCCUCCUCCCUGCCUCCGCCGGCCCCCCCCAGCAGUCUCUGCGGCUUGCUCCCCCUCCUGGCUUUCUAGAUCGCAGCUGUCGGGGAGCCCCACCCAGCUGGUGAAACUCUGUGAAACUCUGUGAAAGACAGGAAGUUUGGGGGUGGGGAGUGAGGCAGGGAAGGCUACUGCUCUUCCCCCGCUGCCUCGGCCAAUUGAUGAGCUCAUCUGGAGCCACGGACUGGCCCUGCCCAUUUCUCCUGCCACGCUGGGGGUUGGGGGGGGCAGUUUAGAAAUCUGGGUGCAGCCAGGCGACGGGUCCUGCGGCUUCGUGGCACCAUCUAGUGGGCUUGCCUGCCAAUUGCAGCUGACUGCCACACACUCUGGAGAGCGCCCAGCCUCAGAAUGGAAUUUCUGAUAUGAAAAAUGUGCCGUGGUGCCACACGACUGUGGUGCCACAUGGUGGUUAAGCAUUUGGGAAGAUCUCUGCAGGCAGGGUGGGUGGGUGGGUGUGAGAGAGAGAGAGGGGGAGGAGCUUCUAGGAAACAGGACUUUUGCACUGGGGGGGUGUAUGCGAGAGAAAUGAAAAGAGAGGGGGAGAAGCACCAUUCACUCACCCCUAGAACACUGAAAGAGGGUCAGGGGAGAGGGCAGGGCCACCCCCUGUCUGUGCUUCCUGUGAAUGAGUGAGCAAAUGUGUUUUUAUAUAUAUUGCACAGAGAGAAGGCAGGGGUGCAAACGUAGGCGAACCUUUCGAUUUGGACCACAUUCGCACCAUUCGUUUGAAGCAGAUAUUGCAAAGCUACACUUCUCAGAGUUCCUUGUGACAAGGGAUUGGUUGUUAACCCCUUCUGGAAAGUAGCUUUGAGAAGGGGAUAGUGGGAGGGUGUCUCCUAACAAUUCUCAGCGCCCUUAACAAACCUUAACUAAAGCAGGCAUAGGCAAACUCAGCCCUCCAGAUGUUUUGGGACUACAACUCCCACCAUCCCUAGCCAGCAAGAUGAAUGCCUCGCAAGACGAAAGAGUUUUUCGUUUUUUGAGUUGCUUCGCAAGACGAAUUUCCCUAUGGGCUUGCUUCGCAAGACGAAAACGUCUUGCAAGUUUGUUUCCUUUUGGAUUUUCAAUGUAUUCCUAUGGGAAACCGUGCUUCGCAAGACGAAAAAUUCGCAAGACGAAAAAACUCGCAGAACGAAUUAAUUUCGUCUUGCGAGGCACCACUGUAGUCUCAAAACAUCUGGAGGGCUGAGUUUGCCUAUGCCAGGUUUAAAGGGAUGUUGUGGCUCUUUAAAUGUGCUGCGUGAAUGUGGCCUUAGAAAUAGCUGGAAAAAAUGGAAUCAUCAUCAUCACCAGAGAUAUUCAUAUAUUCAUAUAUAUGAAUUAUUUCUGAACGAACCCCUCAUUGAAAGAGUCUAGGCUGGCUUGCAAAAGUGCGAAUGAAACCAAGCAACAGUAAAAAAUAAUAAUAACUUGAAGCCAGGAAAUAAACGUGACAAAAUGCAACAAGGCAAGGGAAAUAAAGAGGGUUUUUUAAAAAAAGACUGAAUAAGAUUACUUUCAAAAAAAUAUUUUAAAUACCUGGGAGAGAUCUCUAUACUUUGUUCUUAAAACAGAAUAAUACAUUAUUCCUUGAGUAACCCAGGUUCCAGGAUCAGUGGCCCCCUUUGUGAUGUCUGAGAAUCCAAUUCAGCCACCCAGUUCCCCCAUAUUUCUGAGAUUUCACCCAACAGUGCUCACAGAUAUAUAUAUAUAUAUAUAUAUAUAUAUAUAUAUAUAUAUAUAUAAAUAAAGUAGAGGGAGGAGAAAGUGAUAGUAACUGUGUUCAAUCAUAGAUGUGCUAGGUAAAUUAAGCCCCAGCGGGACACGGGUGGCACUGUGGUCUAAACCACUGAGCCUCUUGGGCUUGCCGAUCAGAAAGUUGGUGGUUUGAAUCCUUGUGACGGGGUGAGCUCCCGUUGUUCGGUCCCAGCUCGCUUUAUUGGCCAAGGGAGCCGGCGUACAGCUUCCGGGUCAUGGGGCCAGCAUGACUAAGCCGCUUCUGGCGAAACAGAGCAGCGCACGGAAACGCCAUUUACCUUCCCGCCGGAGCGGUACCUAUUUAUCUACUUGCACUUUGGCAUGCUUUCGAACUGCUAGGUUGGCAGGAGCAGGGACCGAGCAACGGGAGCUCACCCCGUCGCGGGGAUUCGAACCGCCGACCUUCUGAUCGGCAAGCCCUAGGCUCUGUGGUUUAACCCACAGUGCCAUCAGCGUCCCUUGUAUAGACCCCUCCAAUUGUCAUUGUAGGUCUCCAAAUCUCAGGCUCUGAAUCCUCUUUUCCCCCAGCCUUUCCAAUCCCACAGCAUUUUUAUUAGAUAUACUCGGGGACUCCUGAAAGCAAAUACGCCCUUGCGUCAUGAGAGCACAGCUGCACAGAAGCAGAGGUGACUCUCUUCUCCUCCCCUCAUUGAAAGGGGGCCACAAAUAAACACACAGCUGCUCCACCCCAGAGAUGACUGCAUUACCGUCCUAGGACAGCUUGCUCUGCUCCAGAGGCUGCUUCCAUGUUGGCAGCAUGCCAGAGACAGUGGCAUCCAAACAGCUGCAAGCGGUUUGCCUUGACGAUGCUAUGUUUGCACAAAAUCACAGAGGAGAUGCCUCCCCUCGGAGCGAUCUCCGAAUCCCAGGGCAGUUCUCCAGUCAGUCCUGUAGGCUGAUCACUUUUUGUUUAUUCCGCAGGCCGGCUGCCAGGACAGCUGGGAGUGCUUUGAAGGGCUUAUUUUCCGAGUCUCUGCGGUUGUUUCUAGUUCGGUUUGAGGAGUUUGUUUAUUUUUAUUUUUUUUAAUUGCUCUUGUACAAAUAUAGCAGCAAGAAUACCCCUCUGGACUUUAAGGAUACGGACCGUGAAAGGAAGCACAGAGCGACGUGGACUUGGGAAAGUUCCUAGGACACCCUUGUAGCAGGAACAAAUAUGGCAUUGAUGAUGCCAGCAGCAGCCAUAGAUCUUCGUCAUGGUGCUGUCAGGCGAAGAGGGAGGUGGAACACUUAGUUUGCAGAGUUGCAGCCUUGCCGUAUGUCGAGGGCUGGAGAUCUGAGAGUUGAACCUGCCAGAGUUCUCAGGAUUCCAGUUCUCAUGUCCUCUUACAGCAAGCACACUCCUAGGCCAUCCAUUCGGAGGAGUCCAUCCUUCCACCUCUGUCGUGUUUCUGAAAAGCAAAAAAAAAUCUGCGUUCUUUUGAGUUCGUAUUAAUGCACGCAUUGCGUUGUGAAUGCAGCAUGAAGAUUCAGUCGGCCCGAUGAGCUGAAGUCGUGCAAUGGCUGUGUGCCGUGAGUCAGGAGGUUCCAGAUCUCAAUCCUAUCUCUGUUGCACACUCAUUUAGGCAACAUCAAAUUGUAGUGCACCCCAGAUCUGCAAACUGGGAGCAGGAAUACCGAUGUACCUUACGGGAUUUUUGCUAGGGUGACUGAGAUAAUGUAUGUGAAGCAUGCUGGAGCACUGGACUCCAAGAAGUGCUGAAUUAUUACUGAACGAUAACAAAGAGGGCAAACUUCUUCCUCCUCAGAUUCUCUUUUUGCCCAGCAGCUUCUUAACAUGUUUCCAAUUAGUAAAAAACCAACCAACCUCCAAAUUACUUUUUAAAAACUUUGCACAGAACUAUGCAGAUUGCAAUAUGCAAAUUCAGUUGUCCAUCUUACUGCAGAAGUUCUGCAGUGCAAGGGAUCUUUCAGUUCCCGUUUCCCUGUAGGAGGGAAACUUGAAUGCUUCUGAGUGUUUGCUGGUGAGAAGGUAUUUUGGAAACUGUCUUGAGGUUUUGGGAGAAUUCCCCUGCCUUAAAAACGAUACCUUGGCAAUGGGCCUCCGGAGCCUCUCAGUACCCCACGCAACCAGUUUUGCAGCAUGCCUAAAAUUUUGGGGCCCUCCUCUCUCCUUACCGCAGAUCGUAACCGACCUGAGCUUCUGCCCGAUGACCAGCAACGAAAACACUUGCAGGACAUCCAGGCUUUCCAAGAACAGGAGAUUGCUCGGCAGCUGGAGGACUUCAGGUACAGACCCUGCAGCCAUCGGGCACGGAGGUUGUGGCAGAGAGGAUCGUGGAGGGCUGGGCAUCCUCUGAGGGUGGUAAAACUAACCAGAGUGCGCCCUCUGGCAAUCUAGACCCCUGAGAGGGUCUGUAGGGCCCAUUGGCCCACCCAGUAUCGCCUACACUCAUUGGCAGCAGCAGCAGCAGCUUGCCAAAGUUUCCAACAGGGGUUUAUUCCCAGCCUACCUGAAGAUGCAGAGGUUUGAUCCAAGGAUAUUCUGUGUGUAGAACAGAUGCCCUUCUGCUGGGCUGCAGCCCUUCCCCAGCACAUUGCAUUGUGCUGAUUCAGACGAUUGGUGCAUCUAGUUCAGUAUUGUCGGCACUGUCUGGCAGCAGCUCUCCAGGGUGUCGGGCAAAGGGCCUUUCCAGUCCUGUUUGGGGGUGCUGGAAAGCGAACCUAGAGCCUUCCCCAUGCAAUGCACAUGCUCUACCGGUGAGCUACAGCUCUUUCCCUUCCAAUAGAAUCAUUGGCUUGUAGAGUUGGAAGGGACCACGAGAGUCAUCUAGUCCAACCCCCUUCAGUGCAAGAAUCCUUUGCCCCAACAUGGGACUCGAACACACAACCUUGAGAUUAAGAGCCUCAAGACCUACUGACUGAGCUUUCCUAGUUCACUGGGGUUGGGGAGCAGAGGCACCUUUCUUCCUGAGCUGAUUCGGCUCAGGGCAUGGGUUUGUGGCACGAAAGAGCCCUCACUGCCUCCUCCUUUGUUUCCGGCAGGGAAAAGAGGAAGAUGGGGAUGACCCCGGGGGAGUCUGAGCUCUUUGAGUUGGAAGGCUAUCGGACGAAGGACAAAGGCAUCCGCGAGGCCAAGGAGAAGCAGCUGGCUGAGUUGCUGAUGGUGAAGCUGGAGGAGAUGCAGUGAGUGAAUGUCUCUCUGUUCACCCGGCGCCUCAUCAUUGAGCCUGCCCAUCCAGAUCCACAGCCCAGAAAGCAGGCGGCAGUCUCUUCCUAGACACAGCUUCCCUGACAUAGAAUUGCAGGGGUACCCCAAAGGUCAUCUAGUCCAACCCUCUGCAACGCAACAUGGGGCUCAAACCCACGACCCUGAGAUUAAGAGUCUCAUGCUCUACAGUCUUCAUUUUAUUUUAUUAUUAAAUCUUUAUUGGUUUAAAAUACAAAGAUACAAACAUACAACGAAGGUAAGUAUUUCAGAUUUAAAUAAAAAAAAAAGAAAGGAAAAAAAGAAAAAUUUUAAAAGAGAAAAAAAUGAUAAAAAGAAAAAAAAACAUUCACAAUCUUUUUUUCAUUUCAUUUCAUUUUAUUAUUAAAUCUUUAUUGGUUUAAAAUACAAAGAUACAAACAUACAACAAAGGUAAGUAUUUCAGAUUUAAAUACAAAAAAAAGAAAGAAAGGAAAAAAAGAAAAAUUUUAAAACAGAAAAAAAUGAUAAAAAGAAAAAAAAAACAUUCACAAUCUUUUUUUUUUUUUAAAGGCCAGGGAAUAUCUGGGUGGGGGGGAAAUAUAUAUAUAUAUAUAUAUAUAUAUAUAUAUAUAUAUAUAUCCUUUUUCCAUACCAAUAUCUUCCCUGCCCCCCUUUUUUUUUAAAUGCCUGGUCAGCAAAACAAAAUGGACACUGAAGCUUCUUAAAACCUCCUACUUCUUAUUUAGGCUUAGUGGACCUACUUAGGUUGUUUUUAAUUUUAAGCAACCCCACCACCCCAGGCUGUGCUGGUCCCAUCCACACUUCCGACUUCUCCCAGGGAAAAUGGAUUCACCCAGACUGGCGUCUCUGUCGUGCAGACCUUGCCUCUUUUUCCCAGGAACCGAGUUUCUGGUCCCGUUCGCUCUGGGCGCAGCGCCAGGAACUGGCCUCUGAUGUCUCAUCCCUGAGGAUGUGGCCAAGGCAUGCUGAUUACGGCCUCCCUCGGCCGCCACCCCUUCGCUGCCAAGUUCCUUCCAGAUAAUAGAAACCAUCUGUCAAGCAGGGGAAGAAAGAAAGAGGGAGACAUCCCCCGCCCAGGCCGGGAUAUUGCCUCCUGUUGCAUCAUCCAGGCAGGGUGUAUAAACUCCCCUCGCAGCCCCCCUGUCCCCAUCUCAGUCCUUGCACCCGACUCGACCCAGCAGCUCCGUUCCAGCUGUGAGCGCCUCUCGAGAGCCCCCCGCAUCUCAGAACAUGCGUAUAUGCCUUUCAACUUUUAUUCUCUCACCGCGCAAAUAUGGGGCUGUUGUACGGGUGAGUUUAAACCUGCAAGGAGCCGGGGGGAGAAGGUGGGGAGUUUGCUCCUGAGUUGCAGCUUCCUCUGGGGUUGGUGCUGUGAGUCUGGGGGUGCAGCCCCUGCUUUAGGGAUUUGGCAUAGACAUAGAAUCAUAAGAGUUGGAAAGGGAGCUUGAGGAUCAUCUAUUCCAAUCCCCUGCAAUGCAGGAAAAUGCAGCUCUCCCGUACGGGAAUCGAACCUGCAACCUUGACAUUCUCAGCACCACGCUGUAACCAACUGAGCCGUCCAAGCUAUCCGUCUCUGCCUGCUUCUUCCCUUCAGUUGUUGAGAGUCAAAGCGGCCAGCAUGUUGGACUGGGAUCAGGGAGACGUGCGUUCAAAUCCUUACGAGGCUGGGGAGCCUGCCUCUUCUUAAACCUUGGCCAGACCUUGCUACCAUACAGGGUCCCUCGGGGUUACUUUGGAUGAGGGUAAACUGGGAGAGUGCCCACCCUGAGCUGCUUGGCAGAAGCAAAGGGGGCACAGAUCGAGUAGGUGAACAAAUGUGGAUUUCACAAACCAAUCUCUGUCAUACUUGCAAUAAUAUUUUAUUUUAUGCUCUUGUUAGUUAGGCUCUUUUAAAUGUGCAUUUUAUAUUUGACUUCACUUAGCAAUGGUUUGUUUGUUUUUUUGAAAUGUUUAAGGGUGGUUUUUUGUUAACUUUGUGUUAAAUAUGUAUUCUGUAGUUGACCUCCUUUGUAAUGUUUUAUUUUGAAUAUUUUAGCUUCCUGUUAAUUAUGUUGCUUUGGCUGUAUGCUCUAUAUUUGAGUUCCUUCAGAAAUGUUGGAUUCUGGAUUGUUUUAUUGAUUUUUGUUUUAUUGAUUUUUAUUUAAAAUAUAAAACAGUAUAGAAAUGAAAUUAAUAAUAAUAAUAAUAACAAUAUUUUCUCUUUCUCCUUCUUUUUCAUUGUCAAUUCCAGCCCCACCAUUUCUGUCGACGAGGAGAAAAGGUACAUAACAGGCAGGGCUGUGGAGACAGUUGUUUUGGCUGUGUGUAGGGGGGGUUCAAUGGUUUUAUUUCCACAGUUCAGCCCCUGCAGAGUUCCAUGACACGCAUACUGCCAGAUGCGACCUGCAGGAAAUUUAGCUCCGCCGCUGCUCAGGAAGUUGUGUGUGGUUGUGUGUGUGUGUGUAGGCGAGGGUAGAGGGAAGGUAGGCCGUCCUUUGAACCUUUGAGCUUUUGACAGUGACAAAAGGCAGCAGCCUGCCUGAGAAGGCAGAAGAAGCUGGCUUAUCCCAGAGUCAGGCCACUUGCCCACCAAAACCAGCACUGUCUGCAAAAACUGGUAGCCACUCUCCAAGCUGUGGAGCAAAAGGUCCUUUUCAGCCCUGCUUGCUUGUUACCUGGAAGCGGCAGAGAUCUUUUCACCUGAGGUCUUUUCACAGGCAAGAGUUUAUGCAUUUCCAUUGGAUCUCAGGGCCCCUUGCCGUCCCUUCUGCUGCCUGCCUGGACCAGAUCCGUGCCAUACAUUUAAAUCCCAAGGCUUUCCCCCUAGAAUCUUGGGAACAGUCUUUUGCUAAGGGUGCUGGGAAUCAUUAGCUCUGUGUAAACUACAGUUCCCAGGAUUCUUUGCUGGAGGGGCGGGACAGAGCCAUGAGCUGUAAACAUGCUUAAUGUGCGGUGUGGGCAAGUGUCUUUUAUGAAGGCCCAUUGUAGCUGCUUAGUGACCUCUGCCCCCCUCCCGCCCCCGGCACAGGCAUUUUUGGAGCUGUACCAAUGAAUCAUACCCUGUGUGCAUGUGUGUGUAUAGAAUUUGGAAUAGUGCUUCAGGAGCAUGCAUAUAUGGGAAUGUUGCACCAAAAUAGUCUUUCCUCCUAUAUAUGCAUACCAUAACAAUGUGAGAAGAGCAUGGCACAGAAGUGAAUGACAGUUCAAUUGCUGGUGACCUUGACGUGUGCCAUCAGGGGGCAUCAUAUAAAUGUUCCGGUUGAUGUCGCCAGAGAAUUGACUAGAUAAUACCAAAACUGAAAGCAGAUCAGUCGGCUCAGUUCUGCCUUCCCCAAGUUGUAUGUCUCCCUCUGCUGUCUGCAACCACUCAACAACUUUUCGUUUUCCUCUCUCUCCCCUCUGGUCCCUUAGUUCUGCCAUUUUUGCUGCCGUUGUGACAUAUAUGAAGUCCCUGGGGGUUAAGACGAAAGCUGCCGAUAACAAAAAGUCGAAAGCCAACUUCUUCCGCAAGAAGGUAUGGAGAAGCCUGAAACCCAGAAUGGCACCAUUUCCCCCCUGUGUAUUUGCUUCAGGUUGAUUAUCAAGGUUGUUUUGCAUUUUGUGGAUUUGCAAGCGACCUCUUUUCAUGGAAAACAAUGAAUAAAUGUACCGUAGCAAAGAAUAAUAAUCUGGGACCUGGUGCCUGUCCCUUACCCGGCCACCCCCAAAUGAUGAGAACUUAAACUGGUUUACUAAAGUCCUAGCUCUUGCCUUUCAAGAAAGGGCUUCACCUUUGUGAGAAUUGGAUAAAUCUAGAACACAUCCCAGAGAGUCCAUAUUUGGGCAGAGGUGGGAUUAGGAAGCUACUUCAUCCCUACCUUUGAAGGUGACCCGGAAACUACAAUUAAUCCAGAAUGCGGCAGCUAGACUGAUGACUGGGAGCAGCCGCCGAGACCACAUAACACCGGUCCUGAAAAACCUAUAUUGGGUCCCAGUACACUUCUGAGCACAAAUCAAAGUGUUGGUGCUGACCUUAAAAGCCCUAAACAGCCUCGGUUCUGUAUACCUGAAGGAGCGUCUCCACCCCCAUCGUUCAGCCCGGACACUGAGGUCCAGUGCUGAGGGCCUUCUGGCGGUUCCCUCACUGCAAGAAGUGAGGUUACAGGGAACCAGGCAGAGGGCCUUCUCGGUAGUGACACUCGCCCUGUGGAACGCCCUCCCAUCAGAUGUCAAGAAAAUAAACAACUACAGUGGUACCUCGGGUUAAGAACUUAAUUUGUACUGGAGGUCCGUUCUUAACCUGUAACUGUUCUUAACCUGAGGUAUUACUUUAGCUAAUGGGGCCUCCCGCUGCCACCGCACAAUUUCUGUUCUCAUCCUGAAGCAAAGUUCCUAACCCAUUUCUGGGUUAGUGAAGUUUGUAACCUGAAGGGUCUGUAACCCGAGGUACCACUGUAUCUGACUUUUAGAAGACAUCUGAAGGCAGCCCUGUUUAGGGAAGUUUUUAAUGUUUGAUCAUAUUUUAAUAUUUUGUUGGGAGCCGCCCAGAGUGGCUGGGAAAACCCAGACAGAUGGGUGGCGUAUUAAUAACAACAGCAACAACAACAACAAUUAGUGAGGCCAUUGGGACCAUCUAACUCCAAAUUGCUUACACUGACUGGCAGAAUUUAAGACAUGGGAAGUUCCCAGUCCUGCUUGGAGAUGCAAAACAGAUGAUUUUCCAUCGAGCCGCAGCUCUUACUCAUUCUUCCUCUCUCGUCCUCCUUGUUUCCUGCUCACCCAGAUUUCAGGGACCAAGAAGCCCGAGGAAGCUCCCAGAUCAAAGAAGAGCUUCAGCAUUUUGGACCCAGCCCGCUGGAACCGGGGAGACUCCCACUGUAAGUAUGCAUUUGUGGGCAGGAGCAGAGCCCUGGUUCAGGAACCUGCUCAGCUCAAUAGUCCACAACCUCCCCGGUCAUUAAAAAAACAAACCCUUAAGCGAAGGGAAAAGCGCCAAGGGUCUUCCCAGAAGAAAUGAAGGCAAGCCCCCAAAGUGAGUGUGUCCACUCUUGCCCCCAUCCUGGAAACAACAGACAUGACAGGGAUAAGGGAGGGUUGAGGCUGCAUAGAAAAGCUGCCCUCUUCUGAGUUAGGUCAGUAUAGCCUGCACCAGCUGGCAGCAGCUCUCCUGGUUUCUUGCAUGGUUUCCCACUGAGCGACAUCCCUUCUCUGGAAAUGCCUAGGACUGGCCUCUCUGGAGCAGGUUCUCUAGCUAGUAAUUGUAUCUUAGAAUCUGAAGAUCAGGGCUUGACCCCUUAUAGAUAAGUUUACAGUGAGGGUUUCCUCUCCUACUGUCCAGUUUGCAUGCGCCAGGCCAGCUUGAGUGGUGAGUCUGGCAUGCUCUUUGCCCAUAAGUAUUUUUUAAUAAUAAUAAUAAUAAUAAUGGAGGAUUAUUAUUAUUAUUUAACGCAGGCAGGCGCUGUUGUCCCUGGGUGGGGUUUGGUUUUGUACCUCUCUCUUCCUCUGCCCCGUUUUGCCUUCCCUCCUCCAUUUCUCCUCCUCUUCUUUUUUCCUGCAUUUUUUGUAGAUUCUGAUUACAGACAACCCAAACCAGAGGGUGAAGGUACCAGCGCCCCUCCUCCUCCUCCUCUUCUCCCCCACCCCAAUAACGCAUGACGCCCCAUGUGUCACCUUGUCCCUCUCUUUGCGGAGGGGUCCGCAUUAAACUAAUGCACUCCCUUGUAACCUCAGGCACUAACUUUUUGUAUUCAUGGUUUAACAUAACAACGUCCCCUUUCACAUAACAACGUUCCCCCUCCCCACUGCCCCACCCUCCAGAUCAUACUAUAUUACUAAUAUAUCACACACAUUCCGGUACAAGCCCAUCAUACUCGUCAACGUUAUCAGACAACUUCCUUUGGCAUGCUGUGGCUGCUCGCUGUGUCUCCAUCCGUGUGUCUGUCUGUGGGAACUGUGUCUGUAUUGGCUUAAAAUUGGGCAAGUUAAGUGGGAGAGGACUCCUGGGUUCCUCCCUCUUCUCUGAAGGCUUAUGCACUUACAAAAUAGUGCCCUUACACAUUUUACAUGCACCCCCCCAAAAAAAAAUCAAUUAGCUUUUCCUAGAGAGCCAGUGUGGUGUAGUGGUUAAGAGCGGUAGACUCGUAAUCUGGUGAACCGGGUUCGCGUCUCUGCUCCUCCACAUGCAGCUGCUGGGUGACCUUGGGCCAGUCACACUUCUCUGAAGUCUCUCAGCCCCACUCACCUCACAGAGUGUUUGUUGUGGGGAAGGAAGGGAAAGGAGAAUAUUAGCCGCUUUGAGACUCCUUAGGGUAGUGAUAAAGCGGGAUAUCAAAUCCAAACUCUUCUUCUUCCUUGUCACGGACACUUAAAUUAUUGGGGAAGGAGGAGUGGCUGGAUUCCAACUUCCACCAGCCCAAGCCAUCAUUAUACAGUAGUACCUUGGGUUACAGACGCUUCAGGUUACAGACGCUUCAGGUUACAGACUCCGCUAACCCAGAAAUACAGUGGUACCUCGGGUUAAGUACUUAAUUCGUUCCAGAGGUCCGUUCUUAACCUGAAACUGUUCUUAACCUGAAGCACCACUUCAGCUAAUGGGGCCUCCUGCUGCCGCUGCACGAUUUCUGUUCUCAUCCUGAAGCAAAGUUCUUAACCUGAGGUACUAUUUCUGGGUUAGCGGAGUCUGUAACCUGAAGCGUAUGUAACCUGAAGCGUCUGUAACCUGAGGUACCACUGUAGUACCUCAGGUUAAUAACUUUGCUUCAGGAUGAGAACAGAAGUUGUGUGGCGGCAGCAGGGGGAGGCCCCAUUAGUUAAAGUGGUGCUUCAGGUUAAGAACAGUUUCAGGUUAAGAACGGGCCUCCAUAACGAAUUAAGUUCUUAACCCGAGGUACCACUGUACUAAGUCCACGAUAACCUAUUCUGUCAUUCUGAAGACACAGGCUCAGUGAUGCUCAAUCUUCACACUCAUGUUUUGUUUGGUAAUUACUGUACAGUGGUAGUACCUUGGUUCUUAAACUUAAUCCAUUCCGGAAGUCUGUUCCAAAACCAAAGCGUUCCAAAACCAAAGCGCUUUCCCAUAGAAAGCAAUGCAAAACGGAUUAAUCCAUUCCAGACUUUUAAAAUACAACCCCUAAAACUGUAAUUUAACAUGAAUUUCACUAUCUAACGAGACCAUUGCUCCGUAAAAUGGAAGUAAUAACCAGUGUACUGUACUAUAUAAUAAAUAAAACAGUAUUGCAGAUGAUAAAAAUUAAAAUUAAUUUGUUUUCCUUACCUGCGCUGAUGAUAGUCAUUGUUUGGACAGGGGGCUUUUAUCCAUUUCUGCAGUCACACAAUCAGUCAGUAGCUCAACUGGGUUCCACACAGCCACAAAAACAAAUUAACCUAAAAAGCCUGUGACUUUUAUAAGACAUCUGAAGGCAGCCCUGUUUAGGGAAGUUUUUAAUGUUUGAUGUUUUAUCAUGUUUUUAAUAUUCUGUUGGGAGCCACCCAGAGUGGCUGGGGAAAUCCAGCCAGAUGGGCAGGGUAUAAAUAAAAAUAAAUUAUUAUUAUUAUUAUUAAUUCACGUCGGCAGACCAUAGCUGUCAACUUUUCCCUUUUCUUGCGAGGAAUCCUAUUCGGAAUAAGGGAGUUUCCCUUUAAAAAAGGAAAAUGUUGACAGCUAUGGGGGCAGACCCUCAUAACCUCUGCAUUCAGUGAAGGGUUAAGAUUCGAGCAAAUUCAUACAUUUAGCAAGGGCUGGCAAAUAAUGCCAGCUAUUUUUGAGGAUUAUCGGGGGUGGGCUGAUAAUGGCCUGGUUUGCUUGAUCAUGGCAAGCCACCUGCAAAACAUCAGACUCUCUGCCCAGUAACUUUUGUGGUAGGAUAGCUCAGUCAGUAGAGCAUGAGACUCUUAACUUCAGAGUUAUGGGUCCGAGCCCCACAUUGGGUGAACGAUUCCUGCAUUGCAGGGGGUUGGACUGGAUGACACUUGUGGUCCCAACUGUGAGUCAGGCCUCUGACAUGGCCAACUCAGUAUCUUCUACACCAGUGUCUCCCAAAUUUGGGUCUCCAGCUUUUUUUGGACCACAACUCCCAUCAUCCCUGGCUAGCAGGACCAGUGGUCAGGAAUGAUGGGGAUUGUAGUCCCAAAACAGCUGGAGACCCAAGUUUGGGGAAACCCUGAUUUAAGGUAUUUACUGCACCAUCCCACUCAAAUGGCCUAUCACUGGCAGUGGCUCUCCAGGGAUUGAACCGGGGACCUUCCGCAUGCAAGUCAGAUGCCCUCCCACUGAGCUAUGGCCCUGGUGCCUUAUGGGAAACUACCCAGAGCUUAAAUGGCACUCUCUCUUCUCCAUCCAGCAUCUGAAAUAGGGAGAGGUUUGGUAUGUGCACAAGCCUUCAGAAGCGGGGGAAGUACAGGGAGGAGAACGGUGCGUUUAAAGUGAUUAGGGAGUGCUAUAUGCAAGGACUCUGUGUCUUCUAAAGCUUAUUUUCCCCCCUGUGUUUUUGUUUUUUUUGUCUCCUUUACAGCAGCUGAUAAGGCGCCGGCCUCGGACAGGAAAGGAAAGCAAUUGGAGGGAGGCCCACUGCGGAGCAAGGCAAACUUUUCAGGAUCGGAUCCUGCGGGAGUGUCCGUCACUGUUCACCCCCCUCCUGGGGAGGGCAAUGACAGAGAGCAGGGUGAGAGAUCACUGGGUGAGGCUGAGGGUGGAGAAGCUGGGGGGGGGAGAACUCUAAAAAGGGGGCAGGCGAAGGUGUUUGGGCCAUUCCCAACCCCCUGAUGACUUCUGUCCUCCCUUUGCCAUCUCUAGGUGCUGACAGUCAGGUUUCAACUGAUGCCUCAGACUCCCCGGUUACGGAGCAGCCCCUGGCUGGGGAGCAGCCCCCAGCUGAAGAUGGCAUAGAAAACGAAAGGUGAGAGGGGGCACCGUUUUGGGAACCUCAGGGGCAAGGAGGGGAGAGAGAUAAGCAAUCCCACACCCUCUCCCCUCUUUUGAAUGCUUACCGUAUUUUUCGCUCUAUAGGACGCAGCGGACAAUAGGACGCACCUUGUUUUAGAGGGGGGAGAACAAGAAAAAAUAAUUCUCCCCCUCUCUGCCCAGCGCCCCUUCAGCGAAGCGGCAGGAGGCGCAGCUCAGACAGGGGAGAAUUUUCCCCUCUUGUUCUCCCCCUCUAAAACAAGGUGCCAUUUAAGGUGCGUUCAGUCGCCUUCAGGCAGCUACCUUGGAAGCCUGGAGAGCAAGAGGGGUCGGUGCGCACCGACCCCUCUCGCUCUCCAGGCUUCAGGUUCCUUUCGACCUGCUCUUUGGGGCUGGCGGGGGGGAAGCCCACCGCCAGCCCCAAAGAGCUGGUCGGGGAGCAGCGGAAAGGCGCGCAGCGGAGAGCCUGCGCGUCACCUCUCCAGCUGGGAGAGGGUCGUGGGGCUAUGGCUUCUUCACUCCAUAGGACAUGCACACACACUUCAUUUUUGAAGGGGAAAAAGUGCAUCCUAUAGGGCGAAAAAUACGGUAUUUGUGUGUGGUUUGGUGAUGCUCUGAGUACGCAGACAGUUGGUGGGUGUGCUAGUCUAAGGCUGGGGAAAGCUCUGCCCUUCCAGAUGACUUGGACUGCAGCUCUAAUUAUUAUUAUUAUUAUUAUUAUUUUAUUAUUAUUAUUAUUAUUAUUAUAUUUAUACCCCGGCCAGAGCCGUCCUGCUGGCUCGGGCUGAUGGGAGUUGGGAUCCAGCGACAUCUGAGAAGCCAUGACUUUCCCGAUUCCCUGCUCUAGUCCGUUUAAUCUGGAGUUAAAUGUUACGGGGGUCUUGCAUAAGCACGGAGGGGGAAAUCCCAUGAUGUCUCCAGAGUCCUGUUGUCACUUGGUUACUUGGCGCUUCCCUUCUCAGGGAACAGUAUUCCUUCAUUUGCUCUCAUCCAGGUUUUCUGGUGUUUGUAUGUAAGAGGGUUUUAUUUUUUUUAAAGACCCUCUUCUCUCAUAGCUUCCAUUUAAAAAAUAAAAUAAAAUGAGGAUAGCGUUCCUUCCCUCUAUUUCUCCCUGUCUCUCUUUUCUCUCUCUGUGUCUCUCCUUUCAGUGUUAACCAAAUCACCCUUCUAUAUUCUGUUCUUCCCUUCUAGAAGGCGAAAAAGGUUGGUGGCUUCCUCUCACACACACUCCCUCACCCUUUGCAUGAAUUCCUUCCUCAGGGAAAGACACGCGAGCCGAGUUAAGUAUGACCUUGUUAUCCAAAGCUGCCUGGUUAGAACGGUGGCGCCCCUCUCGCCAAGUCCGUUGCUUGCGAAGCGGGGCGCCGUACGAUGUUUGCUUGGGGGUGGCUGGGAGGGGGGCUAAUUGGCUCAGUGACCCCUCCCUUGUGGGCACACAGUGGUGAACUUGGGGGUCAUUGCAGCAGGUUCUGAGUCCUCAUCCCUGGCCCCAGUAACGCUAGCGGUGUGGGGUGUUGGCCCUCACAAGAAACAGGGUUCCUUUUGAAGUUGCACCCUCUUUGGGGGGCUGCACCUGUUCUCUGAGGUUCUCUCAAACCUUUGCAUGGCAGCACGGGGUAUUCUGCCUGUGCCCGGAGCGUUUCCCCACUCUCCCCUGUUCUGGUGCAUGGAUCUCUUACUGGUUCUGGGAUUCUCACUUUUUCCCCUUUCUCUUCCCUUGUCUUUCCACUGCCGCAUGUGCUGCUGUCUGUUUUCCUCCGCUACCCCACCCAAUUGGGUGCUUGCUUGGCUCGUUCACUUAUUGGUUGUGACCCUCCGUCGUCUCCUUUCCCACUGGUGUAUGGCGCGCUACGCCCCGCCCCGCCGUCUCUCGUGAUUGGUCCGUGGCCCUCCCGUGUCCCGUGGCUCAUCCCACCGACCUCCUUCCUCUCCAAAUUUGGCUCGUCCAACCCAACGGCUCUCCCCCAUCUGCGUCUUUUUUGGUGUGUGUCUGUGGCCCCCGGCUCUGCCUUGCCCACCCCCUCGCCAGGCUCUCAGCAAAGCUGGGCCGCUCCGAGAGCCUGAGGGUAUACGAGCGGAAGCGGUCUCUGCGCGGCUCAGCCAAGGGCAAGCAGCCACGAUCGCGGAGCGACGUGGACGUCGAGGCCGCUGCCCGUGCCAAUGAGAUGGAGGAGAAGCAGUCCCUAGAACAGGCUCGGCAGAAGCAGGGGAGUCGCAAGUAGGUGAAGAGAUGCUCCCCCUCUGGAGGGCCCCCAGGAGGGGACGGACAUGGGGCACCCACACCAGGAGCCAGGUUUCAAGCUUUUGCAAACCCCAUUCCCGGGUUGGUCUUGUUUACCGCCUGCACUAAAUGCUGGGGUGAUGGUACUUUUCUACCAGAGAGCCAGAGUGGUGUAGUGGUUAAGAGCGAUAGACUCGUAAUCUGGGGAACUGGGUUCGCUUCUCCGCUCCCCCACAUGCAGCUGCUGGGUGACCUUGGGCUGGUCACACUUCUCUGAAGUCUCUCAGCCCCACACACCUCACAGAGUGUUUGUUGUCGGAGAGGAAGGGAAAGGAGAAUGUUAGCCGCUUUGAGACUCCUUCAGGUAGUGAUAAAGCGGGAUAUCAAAUCCAAACUCUUCUUUCUCCCCCGCUAACCAGUGUUGGAAACUCAGGUAUAUCACCUAGGUGCCGAAUGGCACCCUAAACCUAAUUAACCUUUGCCACAUUGGUAUGUGUCUAUUCGCCAGAGGGUUGGGCUUUUAUGAUUCUGUUUAAUCUCAGUUACGUCGCUUGACUGUAGCUUACAAUUACAGCAGUUUGCUGGUCCCAGUAUGCAAGAAGGAGAAUUGCACACAGUGGAAAUGGAAAUGGCGUUAACUGUGGACUAAGGCAGAGGUUUUUAAACUGUGGUCUGUUAGUUCCGUUUGCGGCAAGGCUGCAGCACAUUCAGAUAUAUCUGUACUCAGCCUGGCCCUUAAUUUCCUUCAUGUGAUGAUGGAGGACUAAGAUGCCCAGCCCAUGAUUCACGCAGCAGCGCAAGACCCGUGUCUUUUGCAGCACACGAGUCAGCUGACAUGAUGGAGGCAUCAGUUGCGAACCUGGCGCCCAGAAAUCUCCACGUGGUCGCAAUUGGACCUGCCCCACUAGCAAAACAUGCCUGGCGCCCCCUGGGAAUUUUCAAGCAUAACCACAGGGAUAAAGUACUCCAGCUCCACACAUGGACUGCUUCAGAGAAAAGUAAACCACAGGGGUUUGUCUCUCUUCUUUUGCCACAGUGCCAAAAGGGCAAGAAGUACCUUUAUCCUAUGUCCCCUGCUGUUGAACCAGGGUAGAGGGUCUCAAUUUUUUUUCUUUUUCUUUUUACCACUUGAAACUUUCUGGGACCACUUAAUAAACUUGUUUUUUUCGACAAAUCCAAGCACACACAGAACUCAUAUUUUUAUAACACUUCUUCAUCAAUACCAGCUUCACACUUGAAACUAGUUCUUUAUUAUGGAAAUUGUGGUCCCUAGGCUAAGCUGCUAGGAAAGCCCCCUUUAACUGGUUUUUUUUUUAAAUUAAUUAAUUGGCUAUGCCAGUGCUGUGCCAUAUUAUGAAAAUCAUAGGCCACUUUGUUGGUCUGUUCAGUAGUAGAUCAAAAUGGCCUCUGUUUCCAUUGUUGGGGAAAGAAUUACUCAAGCACAGAGACAAAUGGAGAGAUUCUCAACUUUUCCACAAUAUUUCUGUGGGCCAUCUGCGCAGAGCUUGUGGACCACCCAUCAUCCACGGACCACACUUUAAGAACCUCUGAGCGAGGGAGGAUGUAGACUUUGAAACUGCCACUCUAGCCAGCUAUGUCUUCUGCCCAGGAGGACCAAAAUAGUUCUAUUCUCCCGAAUAAUCCACACUUUCUUUUUCAAGCUUUCCCAUGGGAAAUAGUAAACUAUAACUGGUUUUUACAGCUGUAAUUUAACCGGAAACUACCGCUUCCCAACUCGUGCUUACGAGAGGUAAAUACAGUUCUGUCUGGAGAGAUUUGAUUUAACCAUCAUAACUAACAGCCACUGGUGGAGACUACUUCUAACUUUAAAAAAAUAAACAAACAAAUUUUGGCAACACAACAAACAAAACAUUUGGUCCCUUCCAGCUCUACAAUUCUAUGAUUCCACGUUUUGUAGCAAAUUCUCUUGCUAGUUUGCCCAGUGAUAAAAUGCCAAAAGAAUAAAAAAGCAUUUGGUGAAUUGAUGGUUUCUAUGGAAAAUAGGGACGCGGGUGGCACUGUGGGAAAACCUCAGUGCCUAGGACUUGCCGAUCGUAUGGUCGGCGGUUCGAAUCCCCGCGGCGGGGUGAGCUCCCGUCGUUCGGUCCCAGCUCCUGCCCACCUAGCAGUUCGAAAGCACUCUUAAGUGCAAGUAGAUAAAUAGGGACCGCUUUAUAGCGGGAAGGUAAAUGGCGUUUCCGUGUGCUGCGCUGGUGCUGGCUCGCCAGCUGCAGCUUCGUCACGCUGGCCCCGUGACCCGGAAGUGUCUUCGGACGGCGCCGGCUCCCGGCCUCUAGAGCGAGAUGAGCACGCAACCCUAGAGUCGACUGGCCCGUACGGGCAGGGGUACCUUUACCUUUUACCUUUAUGGAAAAUAUUAAUAGCAAUUCCUUGGGCUGGUGGUUUGAUUUAAUUUUGUAUUCCGCUUUUCCAGCAGCAAUGUUGAGCUACAAGUUGCCGGAGUGCUUUGGGAUGGGCCCGGGACAAUGCUUAACUUGUUUCUCUGUUUUUGCGUCGGCCUGCCCUCACUUUCUGUGUCUUCCUCUCUCUGCAGUCUGGAGCCGGGAGGGGCUGGGGGAGGGGAGCCCCCGCCGUCCUUUCUGCAUCCCCAGUCUGAGGAGACUGAGCCGCGUGUUUCGGAACUGGAGCUGGACCCGCCCAACUGGCGGGAGCUCGUCCCCAAAGACACCCUCCUCAGGCUGAAGAAAAGCGAAGUGAAGCGGCAAGAGGUCAUCAAUGGUACGUAGCUCGCUCUCACCCCCAGGUUCCCCACUUCAGAACAGCAUCAGUUGGGGCUGGGAAAACAGACAAGCCAAGGGAAGAUGGGAGCAGGGUGGAACUGAGCCCAAAGCAAAACAUUGGGGGUUGGACUAGAUCACCCUUGGGGUGUCUUGCAGCGCCACAAUUCUAUGAGUCUAAGAGUGAUAUACCGUAUUUUUACUCUAUAAGACGCACUUUUUCCCUCCUAAAAAGUAAGGGGAAACCUGUGUGCGUCUUAUGGAGCAAAUGCAGGCUGUGCAGCUAUCCCAGAAGCCAGAACAGCAAGAGGGAUUGCUGCUUUCACUGCGCAGCGAUCCCUCUUGCUGCUCUGGCUUCUGGGAUUCAGAAUUUUUUUUUUCUUGUUUUCCUCCAAAAACUGGGUGUCUUAUGGUCUAGUGCGUCUUAUAGAGCGAAAAAUACAGUACGCUUUUGUUUAGCUGCGAUGGGGAAUUCUCCCUAUGAGGAAAGGUUGCCACUUAAUAUGCAAUUCCAGUCCAAUUUCAGUUAUGCCACAUAACUUUAAAAACAGUUGCUUACUCACUCAGUUGUUAGCGUUCAGCCCCGGGGUCUUUAUAGACGUUGCUCUGCAGUUUUGUGAUGGGUGUGAACUGUAAAUUUUAUCUGCACUAGGCUUUGCCUUAACGGAUUUGUUGUUUUAGUUUAAGCUGCGCCGUUCCUUGUGGGUGGAGGGCGGGAUGCAGAUAUUUUGAAUAACUGACUUGUCCCUGCUUCGGCAGGACAAGAAACUUGCUUUAUUCCUUUCAAAAGAAAUUACAAGUGUGACACACGCACCCCAUCGACACCAGUGUGGUACUUGCAACCCCUGUUUGCUUUUCUUUGACAUGCCUCCCGUUUAUCUCUCAUGCGCAUUAAUAUCUAAAUUGUAAUAAUAAUAAUAAUAGUAAUAAUAAUAAUUUAUUUAUUUAUUCCCCAGCCACUCUGGGCGGCUUCCAACAAAGUAUUAAAUACAGUAGUCUGUUAAACAUUAAAAGCUUCCCUAAAGAGGGCUGCCUUCAGAUGUCUUCUAAAAGUCUGGUAGUUGUUCUUCUCUUUGACAUCUGGUGGUAGGGCGUUCCACAGGGCGGGCGCCACUACCGAGAAGGCCCUCUGCCUGGUUCCCUGUAACUUGGCUUCUCGCAGCGAGGGAACCGCCAGAAGGCCCUCGGCGCUAGACCUCAGUGUCCAAGCAGAAUAGACCCUACAGCAUGGAUGGGGAACCUCAGGCCUGGGGGGUCAAAUAUGGCCCUCAAGGCAUCUCUGUCUGGCCCCUGGGAAUCUCCCUAGGCCACGCCCCCUCCUGAGUCACUUGCCCCUCCUCGAGUGCUUUUGCCUUGCUGGAAUAUGCCUUCGAAUACUGUGAUCCUUGGAUGAAGGGCGGUGUGUUAAUUAAAAUGAAAUAAAAAGGCUGGCAUGCUUGGGCAAAGGCUAGAAAGAGGUUUGUGUGAGAGUGAAAACUGCUUUAUAUUCGUUAUUCCGCCCAAGGUUGGAAAGGCUUCCCCACACACCUGCACUGCAGGGAGAGGACACCUGUCCUGACAUUCCCUCUGCCUUUUCUCCCGCAGAGCUGUUCAUCACCGAACACGCCCACCUGCGCAUGUUACGGGUGCUGCUGGAGGUCUUCUAUCAACCUCUGCUGGCUGAGGAGCACUUCAUUUACAAGGAACUGGCCAACAUCUUCCCCAGCUUGGAGGACUUGAUCGAUGAACACAGUGAGCACAUGGGAGAGGAAGUGGGGUGGGGAGUGAAGAGGCACAGCCGAGGCCAGAAACCCACCCACACACACACAGGCCAGGUUUAUUUACCUGCAAUAGCUGCAGUUCCUUGGCUAUGUGUUUGUUUCUUUCUUUUUAAAAUGCUUUUUAUUAAGUUUUCAUUUCAAAUACACCACCACCAACAAAAUACACAAAUAUUUCAAAUCUUUUUACAUCUGUCUUGCUUUACGCUCCGUAGAGCAGUUGACUUCCCUCCUUACCUUCCACAGGUUUUCUUAUUCCAAUCCCUAAUCCACAGUUCCUUAAUAAUAACGAAACCAUGACGUCAGUCCUGCUAACGUCUUCAAAUUUCUACAGUUCUCACUUAUAUAGACCAUAAAUUUACUCCAUUCUUUUUGGUACUUUGUUUCCUCCGGACUACGAUUCCUAUGGGUCAGUUUUGCUAAUUCCGCAUACUCCCUCACAGUUGGUAUCUCAUGUGUUUUCCAUUUUUGGGCUAUCAAAACUCUGGCAGCUGUCGUAGCAUACAUAUAUAAUCUUUUGUCCAUCUUCUUAAUAUCCUCUCCUAUCAAACCUAGCAAUAGUCUUCAGGCUUUUGGGGGGAUGUAUAUUUAAGCAUCUUUUUUAAUUCAUUAUAGAUCAAUUCCCAAAACUCUUUCAUUUUAUCACAUGUCCACCACAUGUGGUAAAAAUCACCAUCCUUUUCUUUACAUUUCCAACAGAUUUUACUACUCGUCCUAUACAUUUUUGCUAGUUUGACAGGUGUUAGAUACCAGCGAUAGACCAUUUUCAUUACAUUCUCUUUUAAAGUAGUGCAUGCAGUUCCUUGGCUAUGGGUUUCAGUCGUGAGCACCCACCUACCGUGGAACAAGGAACAAGGCCUGGGCGAGUGGAGAAGGGUCUUUGAGCCUGCAGGGACGUCCAGCAUGUGCUGGUUCCUUCAGCGUAUGAACUGGUGCACACUCAGUAAAUGAGAAUUUCCUUGAGGAGAGGAGGUCAUUGCGCUGUUUUUUUUUCAUAACCAGUGUCUCUCUGUGUGUGUCUUUUUCUCUUCUCAGAGGUGUUUCUGGAGAGCUUGAAGAAGCUGAGGGAGGAAAACAAUUCCCUUGUUUCUGAAAUUGGGAACACUCUGCUGGCUCGGGUAAGGGGCCAGCUUGGACCAGUAUUUUGAGGGACGGAGGGCAGCGUUGCCGGGGGGCGGGGUUCGUCCUGAGAAAUUAAAAGGCUUUGGAGCAGGGAUCAAAAGCUCAGGCAGGGCCGUGGUCCAUGGAUGAGGAGUGGAACAGACUGAAGCAUGUCGGCUGAGGGAAUAAUGAAGAGCAUGAGGUCAGAUCAGAGCUUUGUUUUGAUGAAAUGGGAUGCUUGCCGCCUAAGGAGCUGAUGUAGCGUAUUGGGUACGAGCUAUGUAAGCUCAAAGCUCUCCUCCGGUUCAGCAAGAUGGUGUGGUUGUUAGAGUAGUCAAGACCAGGGAGAUUGGGGUACAAAUCCCCAAUCUGUCAGGGAGCUCCCUGGGUGAUCUUGGGCCCAGUCAGUCACCCUCAGCCUAAUCUCCUUCAAAGGGUUGUUGUAAGGAUAAAAUGGGGAGGAGGAGGAGAAUUACCGUAUUUUUCGCCCUAUAGGAUGCACUUUUCCCCCUCCAAAAAUGAAGGGGAAAUGUGUGUGCGUCCUAUGGGGCGAAUGCAGGCUUUCACUGAAGCCUGGAGAGCGAGAGGGGUCGGUGCGCACCGACCCCUCUCGCUCUCCAGGCUUCAGGAAGCUAUCCGCAAGCCUUAGGAGCCCGCAGGAGUUCCCGCCGGGCUCCCAAGGCUUGCGGACAGCAGUCUGCAGCCCAAAACCUGGGGAGCGCAGUGGAGCGCGCCCUGGGCUUCGGGCAACUCUCCGCAACUGGGAGGGAAAUAAUUUUUUUCCCCUUUAUUUCCCCCCCCCCCCCCCAAAAAAAACUAGGUGCGCCCUAUGGGGCGAAAAAUACGGUAUAUAUGGCUCCUUGGGCUUCUUGGAGGAAAGGUGGGAGGCAUAUGCAACCCAUCAAUCAAUCAAUCAAUCAAUCCAUGAAUGCCCUAUUUGACCUUAAUCAAGGCACAGGUUAUGCUCUGUGGCCAGACAUAUAUCUUAUGAUCUACCAUUUCAUUUUGCUGUCAUUUUUCUACUGCUUCUAUUAAUACAUCUGUUUUAAUUAGGAUUGAUGGGUUGUUCUUAUUGUUAACGUGAGCUCACUCUGUUACUUUAAAAAAAAAAAUUCUGUUACAUUUGCAAUAAAAAUACGCAUUUUGAAAAAAAUGAAUCAAUAGAUAAGGCUUGAGCUGUCUCCAUCCCACUCUGUGAUACUCAAAGCGUAGCCUGUGAGCCGGCGGGUGGAGCAUAAAAAUAUUGCAGGGGGUGGGGCCGUAAGGUCUUUAAAAAAAUAAAAUUAGAACUAAAGAACAUCUCAAACAGCUCCUAAAUGAUCCCUGUGGAAUCUUUGCCCUCUUGCCCAUGUGUGAAAUAUAUCUUGUUAUGUCUCUGUUACUGUACGUAUCUCGGUUUCUCUCUUCUGGGGGAAAAUACUGGGGGCAGGGAAGGAAUGGUUUCUAAUAGAUGUGGGGAACCUUUGUCCGCCCAGAGGUUGGGGAACUACAGCUCCAAACACCCCUGGCUAUUGGCCAUGAUUGCUAGGGCUGAUGGGAGUUGUAGUUCAGCUACAUCUGGAGGGACAAAGCUUCUCGACUCAUGGUUUAAACUGUACAGUGAAGGCAAAGGCUGGGAAUGGGGCCUGUCAGAAAGAGCUUUUCCCCCUGAGAUCCCCAGAGGUGUUGGGGGGGCAGGAUAGCAACUUUUGUGUGGCUCAUCAUAUAAUGGCCACGCAGGUGAAUCAGCCCAGGUACAUCACAGUGAUUCUUGAGUAGCCAAAAAUGAUAUGAAGAGGCAACGGUGGGGGGCAAGGCAGAGGUUAUCUUGGCUAUCAGAAAGGGACCGAAGGUUUGCAAGAUCCCUCUACGUGAUCAACUCGCCAACCUUCUUUCCCCCCCACCCCCAUCCCCAGUUUGAUGGUCCUGAAGGAGCCUGGUUCCAGAAGAUCUCGGCCCGUUUCUGCAGCCGCCAGUCGUUUGCUCUGGAGCAGCUGAAAGCCAAGCAGAAGAAGGAGCCGCGUUUCAACCAGUUCAUCCAGGUAAUCUUUGCUGGAGACUGGGGAUAGCUCAGUCAAUAGAGCACGAGACUCUUAAUGUCAGGGUCGUGGGUUCGAGCACCACGUGGGGCAAAAGAUGCCUCCAUUGCAGCAGGUUAGACUAGAUGACUCUCAUGGUCCCUUCCGACUCUGCAAUUCUGUGAUUAUAUGAAAUCGCCUCUCCUUCUACGAUAGGGCCAUGUACCUUUCCGGUGAAAAAAUUUGGUAUAGGCUGUACAAUUCAGCAUCCCAAGAAACCUUUUAUGUUGUACAAAAAUGAUGAAUUAAGUUUCCAGUUCUUAAAGGCUGUGAGGUAAUUCUGAGGCAAUUCUCUUUUUAGUGUGAGUUCCAUAGCUCCAUGAGACUUAAGCAUACACAGAAUAAAUUUUCGUAAAGCAUGUGCCCAGUUAAAAAUUAUUUUGGGUAACUUUAUUUGGCUUUUUAUUUAUUUGGGUAACUUUAUUUGGCUUUUUAACUAGCAGGCCUGGUUAAGGGUGGUAUUCAAUGCUAGGUCCAGUGGGUCUACUCUAAGUAGGACUUGGUUGAAGACAGCCCUAGGUUCCUACUCCCUUUCUCCCAGUGAAAUAUUUCCCUGUUAGAGUCAGGUGAUAUUCUUUCAUUAAUCAAAAGUAUAUGCCAUUAAGAAGGGGGGAAAGUUGUUGUUUUUGCAAACACUGAGCUUGGAUACCGAUCCAAAAAAACUACCCCGGGGAGGCUUUUCCCACUGUACCUCCUCCAGUUACCCAGACUCUGUGAGCAACCACACUGUGAGAGCCAGUGUGGUGUAGUGGUUAAGAGCGGUAGACUCGCAAUCUGGGGAACCGGGUUUGCUUCCCUGCUCCUCCACAUGCAGUUGCUGGGUGACCUUGGACUAGUCACACUUCUCUGAAGUCUCUCGGCCCCACUCACCUCACAGAGUGUUUGUUGUGGGGGAGGAAGGGAAAGGAGAAUGUUAGCUGCUUUGAGACUCCUUCAGGUAGUGAUAAAGCGGGAUAUCAAAUCCAAACUCUUCUUCUUCUUCUUUCCCUCUCAUCCCGUCAGGAAGCAGAAAGUCAGCCUCGUUGCCGGCGGUUGCAACUGAAGGACAUCAUCCCCAUCGAGAUGCAGAGGCUUACCAAAUAUCCGCUGCUCCUUCACAACAUUGCCAAAUGCACAGGUGAGCAGAGGUGGGGGAGGAUGGAGGUCGCUGUGGCUUGAGCAGGAGAGGUGAGACAAUUGCACAGGGACAGCUAAGCCAAGGGCGGAACAGACGACAUACUGUACAUUUAAAGUGCUGAGAUAGCCACUUUAAAUAUGCAUGGCUUCCCCCAAAGAAUUCUGGGAGCUGUGGUUUUGUUAGGGGUUGGGGUUCAGAGUUGUUGGUAGGCCCUCUGUCCUCCUCCCAAAGCUACGAUUCCCUGAGUUCCCUGUGAAGAGGGAUUGGUUGUUAAAGCCGCUCUGGGAGAUUGUCUGAGUCUUGAUUUUGCUGUGGUGAGGAAGGACUCACAGUAUUUUCCUCCCUCCUGGGGGAAAAACCAACCCUGAAUCUAGAUCUGAACUGAAUUCUAGAUAGGGAAACACUGGGGCUGUGUUUAACGGGGUGCCUUUUGAAAAAUCACUUCUACCUUUUUCGAUCUGUGCUGCAGAGGAGGCCGAGGAACGGGAGAAGGUCCAGAAGGCGGCCAACUGCUGUCGGCAGAUCCUCAACCACGUCAAUCAGGAGGUGCGCGACAUGGAGAACUUGCUGGUAAGUGCCCUUCUUCUUCUUCUUCUUGCUGCCUGACAGCAUCAUGCCUCAAGGGCCGCCUCUCCCCGUACGAACCAAUCAGAACCUUGCGAUUGUCACCCGAGGUCCUUUUCUGUACGCCAACACUAGAACAGGCCUUUUCAGCGGUGGCCACCUCCUUUUGUGGAGUGUGCUCUCCCCAGGGAAGCUCACCUGGUGCCAUCAUUACUUAAAUUUAGGCACCAAUCAGAACGUUUGUUUUCGCCCGGUCCUUCAGCUUUUAUUUAUCUGUGGGACGUUUUCAUCCUGUCUUUAAAAAUACCUGAAUGAAUUUUAGAGUUCUCUUAUGUUUUGCUUUAUGCUGGUUUUAAGGCAUGUGUUAUUAUUUAUUUAUUGUUUAUUAUAAUAAUUUUUAUUGGUAUUUACACAUUUUCCAACAUAUCAUUCUUUUAAACAUCAUUUCAAAAUCUUUGGCUAUCACAGCCCUUCAACCUCAACUGAUGGUUUUUUAAAAUCAUUUCUAAUUAUGCAUUUUGCUACUAUAGUUAUUGCUUCAAAUUCAAAUCUUAAUAACUAUUCUUAAUUCUUUUCACAAUAAUUUAUAUAUUACUCCUUACAAAACUUCUUUUAACCCUACAAGUGAUAUCAGUUGGUUACAGUUGCUUUCCAAAUAUGUCGAAAACGUCUUCCAUUCCUUUAGGAAAGUCUUUUUUAUCAUUCAUAUGAAUUUCUGUACCCACAAUAAAUUGGGUAUUUAUUGUCCGCAUGUCACUUUGAGUUAGCUUUUGUUUUGUUUUUUUGGUUUUUUUUAAAGUGACUAAUAAGUUUGAUAAAUGAAUAAAUACCUCUCUGUUGAGCAGUUGCUCUUUCUAAUCCUCCCUUGCCCCACCCUCUCUCUCUCUCUGUGUGUGUGUGUGUCCUCUCUGCGUUUUUCAGAAACUGAAGGAUUAUCAGCGUCGCCUGGACCUCUCCAACCUGAAGCAAAGUACUGAUCCACUGCUUAGUGACUUUAGGGUGAGUUUCUGGCCUAGUAUUUCCUCCCUGGUUGCAGACUGGGGAGUCGGGAACUUGUGAGCACCCAAAUAUUCUCCAUCAUCCCUGACUUUGGACCCUGCUGGUUGGGGCUGAUGGGAGUUGUAGUCUAGCAACAUCUGGAGGGCCACCUUUUCAGUGGGGUGGGGUAUGGGGUGGGGAGCAAAUUCUCUAACAAAAUUUCCACCUGUUUCCUCGAGGGAGCCUGCCCCCUUUUAAAGAACUUCGCAGUAGGUAGCAUGUCUCUCCAUGCUUAGGCUGCACCUGUUAUAAUAAUAAUAGUAGUAAUAAUAAUAAUAAUAAUAAUAAUAAUAAUAAUUUAUUAUUUAUACCCCGCCCAUCUGGCUGAGUUUCCCCAGCCACUCUGGGCGGCUCCCAAUCAAGUGUUAAAAACAAUACAGCAUUAAAUAUUAAAAAAUUCCCUGAACAGGGCUGCCUUCAGAUGUCUUUUGAAGAUAGGAUAGCUGCUUAUUUCCUUCACAUCUGAAGGGAGGGUGUUCCACAGGGUGGGCGCCACUGCUGAGAAGGCCCUCUGUCUGGUUCCCUGUAAACUCACUUCUCGCAAUGAGGGAACCGCCAGAAGGCCCUCGGCGCUGGAUCUCAGUGUCUGGGCUGAAAGAUGGGGGUGGAGACGCUCCUUCAGGUAUACUGGACCGAGGCUGUUUAGGGCUUUAAAGGUCAGCACCCAACACUUUGAAUUGUGCUCGGAAACGUACUGGGAGCCAAUGCAGAUCUCUCAGGACUGGUGUUAUGUGGUCUCAGUGGCCACUCCCAGUCACCAGUCUAGCUGCCGCAUUCUGGAUUAAUUGCAGUUUCUGGGUCACCUUCAAAGGUAGCCCCACGUAGAGCGCAUUGCAGUAGUCCAAACGGGAGAUAACUAGAGCAUGCACCACUCUGGCAAGACAUUCCACGGGCAGGUAGGGUCUCAGCCUGCGUACCAGAUGGAGCUGGUAAACAGCUGCCUUGGACACAGAAUUGACCUGCGCCUCCAUGGACAGCUGUGAGUCCAAAAUGACUCCUAGGCUGCACACCUGGUCAUUCAGGGGUUUCAGCCCUGUUGAGUUUCUGCCCGUCACAUGGCUGCUAUCAAGGGGCAAGUGGCCUCUCUCUUGAAAUGUGGCUUUAAGUCUGGUCUGAGCAACUGGUCUGGUGCUCUCAAUUUACGUAAUGAGGUUUGUAAAAUUAUAAGAGUGUUUCUUUGAUUUGGAGUGAAAAGUGUGGUCUUUCAUGAGCUCUGGUUUCCCCAGGGCCUCAGGUUUUAUCUCCACGCUCCUGCUUCUUAAUGCAACUCUUUGUGCGUGAAAUGAUAGCGUAUGCAAAACCUCAGGCUGUAACCAGCUCUUUCCCACAGAACGACAUCACCAAGAAAAACCUCGUCUACGAGGGACCCCUGACUUGGCGUAUCACCAAGGAUAAAUCAGUAGGUAAGUUGAGCUCAGGCUCACUCUUUCUUGGGAGCCUUCUUCGGCUUAAACUCUGGGACAGGGCUUUGAUUCAAGAACAUCAUCUUGAUGCCAGGGUCGGUGUGCUGACGCAAUUGAAAUAAGAUUUGAGUGGAUGUAUUUAUUUAAAUCCUUCUCAUCCCACUCUUCAGCCCCAAAAAUGAUUUGAAUGGGACCCCUACAGGUCUUGCCUGUAGGCAUGGCACGAGAGGAAAAGGGAUUGGUGGGGAGGAGGAAAAAAGAAAGCUCAGGCACCGUUACAGAGUUCUUGCACUGACCAGCUGGAAUGGCAUUAUUUCAAGGAGAGGAGGAGUGGGUUUCCUUCACUGUAGAACAAUCCCCACCCUGGGGCUGACCUUGUGGACAGUUUCCCCAUCAGUAUUGCUGUAUAAUGGGCUUGCUGUCCUCCAAGCAAUUGUUUUAUUUACGUAUUGUUACAAUUCUUCCCUUGAGUGCUGGGAGACUAGCGGGGAGGUCAGCGCAAGGGAACUGCACUUGGUAGGCCUUUCAGCCUUGCAUGGGCCCUGGGACCUUGUUGACUACAUUUGAGAUUUGUGGGCGUGGCUUCUGAGUCGAAGGGGUGGGGCUUUCAAUGGCUCCACCCCCUCAGGGCUCCCCUUUCUAUAAGCUCAGCUUUGGUGGGGGCCUGGGUUUCCCAGCGAGGCCCGGAAGCGUACGCCAGACCUCUGACCUUCUCUCUCUUUUGGACCCUCCAAAAAAAGAUGUCCACGUUCUCCUGCUGGACGACAUCUUGGUGCUUCUGCAGAAGCAGGAGGAGCGCUUGGUCCUCAAGUGCCACAGCCGCACCAUCAACCCAACCCCUGACGGGAAGCAGAUGCUGAGCCCCAUCAUCAGGCUCAAUUCGGCCAUGACACGCGAAGUGGCCACAGGUGGGUGCUGGGGUGGCGGGUGGGUGUGGCGGAGCCCCCGGUCAUCUCACGGACUAUUGACCCGUACACCACUAAUCCGCUGCCACCAACCUGGUCCUCCCCGGUAAAUCACUAAUAAUAAUAAUAAUAAUAAUAAUUUUUAUUUAUACCCCGCCCUCCCCAGCCAAGGCCGGGCUCAGGGCGGCUAACAAGCAAUAAUAAAAACAAGUUGAAUGAAUACAACUUAAAAACAAGAUUAAAAUACAACAUUAAAAUAUUGAAACAUUAAAAUAUUAAAAUGCAGCCUCAUUGCAGGAGGAGAAAGGAAAAAGGAAAAAGAAAGAGGGGGAGGGAAUCAAACUGGCUCCAAGCCAAAGGCCAGGCAGAACAACUCUGUCUUACAGGCCCUGCAGAAAGAAAUCAGAUCCUGCAGGGCCCUGGUCUCAUGAGACAGAGCGUUCCACCAGGCCGGGGCCAGAGUUGAAAAGGCCCUGGCUCUGGUUGAAGCUAAUCUAACUUCCUUAGGGCCUGGGACCACUAGGGUGUUGUUAUUUAUGGACCUUGAGGCUCUCCGUGGGGCAUACCAGGAGAGGCGGUCCCGUAGGUACGAGGGUCCUAGGCCAUGAAGGGCUUUAAAGGUCAAAAGCAGCACCUUAAAUCUGACCCUGUUGUUACUCUUUACCUUCUUAGUCUUAUUGUAUCCUGUCUCUAACUCUUCUACCUCCCCUCACACAAGAACCAACUGCACUGUCUAUUUCCAACUGUCUGCCAACUGCUUUCCCAACUGCCUUUCCCAACCAACCAACUAAAAACCAACCAACUCAAACCUCAGGCUAAGCCUUUUUAUAAACAGGUAGGCUCUGCCUCUGGCUUUUCUGUUGGUCUACCUAUUAACUCUUUCUCUCCCCCUGUACAGACAUUUUAAAAAGAACGGGCAAACGCCACAGUGGGUGAGGUGAGGUGGAAGCCCCUCUGCUUUGAAAGUGUGUGGAUUAGGACCGGAGGUGUAGUGGUCGUGGGGUGUGUGUGUCAAAGACACCUUACUAUUUCUGCAGACGGGUUCCCAUCCCUAGUAUCUUAGAGCUGCCUGGCUAGCGUGAAAGGGGUAGCUUUUUAGCCACUGAGAAGAAUUAUUCUCAUCUUUCGUGCUGAUUGGAACCAGUCAGAGCGAAAGGAGGCGACUCUGCCACUGAGGACGGAGGAGCAACACUGAGGAGUUUGUUUGCUUUUUAAUUUUUAAUAAUAAUAAUAAUAAUAAUAAUAAUAAUAAUAAUUUUUAAUAUAUAUCCUGCCCUCCCCAGCUGAAACCGGGCUCAGAGCGGCUAACAAAAAUAAAAAUAACACAGUUUACAUAAAAUCACAAUCAAUUAAUAGAAAUGCAUUCUAAAAUCAAUUCGUUUUAAAUUCAAUUCAAAAUCAAAUUAAUGGCAACCAUUGGGCUAGAGUUCUAUGAGGAUUACAGAAGGAGGGGGUCAGACUGUGCCUUGGCCAAAGGCCUGGUGGAACAGCUCCUGUCUUGCAGGCCCUGCGGAAAGAUGUCAAGUCCCGCAGGACCCUAGUCUAUUGUGACAGAGCAUUCCACCGGAUCAGAAUUUAUAUACCGCCCUAUAUCCGGGGGUCUCAGGGCGGUUCGCAGAAUAAAAUCAAGAUAUAAAAUCACAAAAUAAAAUAAAAUAAAAUAAAUAAAAACAACAACCCAGUAGCCCCCCCCCCAAAAAAACCCCCUCAUUUUAAAAAGGGCAUAGGAGUAGUUGUUCUGUACGCUUCAAAGCUAAGCAUUUAGGGACACUGAGAGCACAAGGGGCUUCUCAGAAUGGUAUUCACAUUCUGUUACAUGCAAUGGAACUUCAAGGAAGGCACAACUUAGGUCAUUUGGAAGAUACUGGAGCGCUCCAGGUCUUUUGCACAGAAAAUAGUAGAUCUGACUCAAAGGCAGUACGUGGAGAUCUGCAGUGAUAGCUGCAAUGGAUCUAUUAUUAUUAUUAUUAUUAUUAUUAUUAUUAUUAUUAUAUUGUAAAAUUAUUGUAUAAUAUUAGAAGCAGUCAUUGCAGGGUUUUUAAGCAGAGGUUGGAUGGCCAUCUGUCAUGGAUGCUUUGGUUGAGAUUCCUGCAUUGCAGGGGGUUGGACUAGAUGACCGUUGGGGGUCCCUUCCAACUCUACAAUUCUGUGAUUCUAUGACUGUAUAGUAUUGAAGGGGGUGUGGCUAUGAGGGGACAUGGCUGUGAGGGGGAACCCUGUCCUACCGAUUGGGACCGAAGCAGCGAAGUUAAGUCACACAGCACUAGAUUAAGAAUGUGGGUCCCCCCCCCCAAGGAAGCUUUUAAGCGGAGGAGGAAUACGGUUCGGUGGUACAGCAUGUGCUUUGCAUUUGGGGAGACCCCAGGCUGGCUGUCUUCGGUGAAUGACCUACAAGCAAAGCAGGCUUUUCUUAGUUAGGCGGGACAGUUUCCUGGCAGCGAGGAAACUUCGUGUGACGAUUACGUUUCUUUGGUUGUGGAAGAAAAGGAAACCUUGAAACGGAACAGGCAGUACAAGCUAAAUUAAAAAAACCCAAACCUUGCAGCAGCUAUUAAUAGUUUAGCAUUCGGCUCAGGGCCAUUCUCGUCUCCUAUGCUGUUUUUAAAUAAAAGAUUGGGACGGAAGCCACAAACAGCCUAGAUCCUGCCUGUUACCUUGAAUAAUCUAAAAUUCUGCUGCAAGCACAGCUCUGACUGCAGACGGUCUCUGUAUUCUUGGCCGUGCAUCAUCCACCCCCAGGCAGCAUGAAUUCUGUGCCAGGAAUGCGGAAUUCUGCAACCUGCACAAACUGACAUGCAGGUCGGGCAGUUUUUUUAAAAAACAAAUUUGGCGUGUAUUGACAGCAAUCCUCUCUAUUCCUGAUACACCGGGACUCAAUAUAUGCUGAUGGUGCUGUGGGCAAGGUAGCCCAAGGGGUUUGGGGGAAUCACGCAACCAGAAGAUGCAAAAAUGAUAUAAAAAACAACAGACAAGCCCCUUGAGUCCUUAGGAAAGUUGCCACAUCCCACUGAUCAGAGGCCCUCACCCCCCACUGCACUGACUUCCUGCCUGCACAUAGAGGCAGCCAAUGAACUCAUGGCAACAAUAAUACACACCUGCUCACACAUAACAGGAUGCCACAGAACCUUCAGUCCCAGUGGCAGAGCCAACAAAAACCUUACUGAUGCCAGUCCCCAGGGAUCUCGCCAGACAGGGGUUUGAAUCCCCUUAGCUCAGGCACAGAGAAUCUCCAGGCCUCUCUGCCUUGCCCUCGGCACUCUCCCUAGACCAACCUUUCUCAACCUGUGGGUGGAACUACAACUCCCAUCACCCCUAGCUAGCAAGGCCAGAGCUCAGGGAUGAUGGGAGUUGUAGUCCAACAACAUCUGGGGACCCACAGGUUGAGAACCGCUGCCCUAGACCAUGGGUAGGCAAACUAAGGCCCGCGGGCUGGAUCUGGCCCAAUCACCUUUUAAAUCCGGCCCGGCGACGGUCCGGGAAUCGGCAGGUUUUUACACAAGUAGAAUGUGUGCUUUUAUUUAAAAUGCAUCUCUGGGUUAUUUGCGGGGCAUAGGAAUUCGUUCAUAUUUCCCCCCAAAAAAUAUAUAUAUAUAGUCCGGCCCCCCACAAGGUCUGAGGGACAGUGGACCGGCCCCCUGCUGAAAAAGUUUGCUGACCCCUUCCCUAGACCAUGCCCAUCGCUGGCACUGCUUCACCCAUAGAAACAUAGCAUUGGAAAGGGACCUCAAGGGUUUUCUAGUCCAACCCUUCAAUGUAACAGUCUUUUGGCCAGCGUGGGGCUCAAACCCACGACCCUAAGAUUAAGAGUCUCGUGCUGUACCGACUGAGUGCGUCUGCCUUAAAAUGUUACAGGUAGGUAGCCGUGUUGGUCUGCUGUAGUCGAAACAAAAUUUAAAAAUUCCUUCCAUUAGCACCCUAGAGACCAACUAAGAUAUUUGAAGAAGUGUGCAUGCACACGAAAGCUCAUACCAAUAACUAACUUAGUUGGUCUCUAAGGGGCUACCGGAAGGAAUUUUUUUAUUUUGCCUUAAAAUGUUUCGGCCUGGCUGGAAUGUGCCCUUGAAACCCCGACGACGCCUCUUCCUUGCCUGGAUGGAAGGCAAGAGAGAAAGUGUGUAGCCUACUGUACAAAGGUAGCAUUUACAGCCGUCCAGUUUCACCUCUGGCCCUGCCCACCCCUGGUAUGCGGCCCCCAGAAGGUUGGCUGGAAACGCCCUACCGGGCAAACCUCGACUGGGCACUGGGUGCAAGUUGAGAGAUAGGUCCUCCUCCUCUUUUUUGAUUCUGAACCUGCCGUUUCCUUCUUUCCUCUUAGAUAUCAAGGCUUUCUACGUGAUUUUCAGCUGGGAGGACGGAGCCCAGAUCUAUGAGCUGGUUGCGCAGACGGUGUUGGAAAGGAAGAAGUAAGAAACGGGGGAGGCGAGAUUGAGAUGCUGCCGGGGGGGGGGGAGGUGGGCAUUCACCGCUGGAGUACCAGAAGGGUUCCAACCACCACCACCCCAGCUUGAUGCCCUCCAGGUUUUGGCUCGCUGGCUGAUGGAAGUUGUAGCCCAAAGCGUCUAGAAAGCACCAGUUUGGGGAAGGCUGGGUUUAGUCUGUGAGCUGGAGUGGGUGGCAGAAACAGGGGGGUGGUAGUUUUGGAGGCGAGGGUGGUUCAGUUUUCUCAGCUUCGAUCCAGGGUCAAUUUUCAAAAUAUGACUUUGCCUAGCACCAAGGGAUGCGGGUGGUGCUGUGGGUUAAACCACAGAGCCUAGGGCUUGCCGAUCAGAAGGUCGGCGGUUUGAGUCCCCAUGACGGGGUGAGCUCCCAUUGCUCGGUCCCUGCUCCUGCUAACCUAGCAGUUCGAAAGCACACCAGUGCAAGUAGAUAAAUAGGUACUGCUCCAGCGGGAAGGUAAACGGCGUUUCCGUGCGCUGCUCUGGUCCGCCAGAAGCAGCUUAGUCAUGCUGGCCACAUGACCUGGAAGCUGUCUGCGGACAAACGGCGGCUCCCUCGGCCUAUAGAGCGAGAUGAGCGCGCAACCCCAGAGUUGGCCACGACUGGACCUAAUGGUCAGGGGUCCCUUUACCUUUACCUAAGGUCUUUAGGUAAAGGUACCCCUGACCGUACGGGCCAGUCGUGUCCGACUUUAAGCUUAAUAAUAAUAAUAAUAAUAAUUGAAUAUGUAUGCCACACUAUACUCACAGAUGCCAUUCCUUAAUUUGAGCUGAGGCUCUUCCCUGGGCUUAUAGUGAUGGGUGUCUCUGAGCAUGUUCCAAGUGCCUCUGCCAUAUGCAGUACAUUUGGCAUUUAAGGGGCCAGGCUUCCAGGUUUGGAGAUUCCAGGCCAGCAUGAGCCCUAUCACCUCUAACUGUUGUUGAAUCAACCAGUCAGUUUUUGUUUUACCUGAUUCCCUUCCUUUGUUCUUUUCUAGCUGGUGCAGUAUGAUCAGCGACACGGCCGGCUCUCUGAAGGUCCCCAUUAAACCACGGCUUUCAGUUCCAAACAGUCGGUCUUCGCCACACAGCCCCAGCUUGUAAGCCUGGUGUUCCUGGGGAGGGAAAAUGUCUAAACCUUUCUCGUACCAAAGGCCACGUGGGGCAUUUUCUGGGGUCUGCUUGCCAGAAGCGAGUGGGGCAAAGUCAGAGUCAAAAAUGAGGAGGGUAGCAGAUGGGACGUUUUCCUUUGCACGUUCCAGUCAUGCAAAACCCAGGAGUUUUUGCAAACAUAACCUCCACGCAGCGUCUCUCCGUCCAGACCAGUGAGAGGCAAUAUCACAGUUGAAAGAAAGGUUCCAUCCAGGCAGAAGAAUUUUAGGGAGGGGGCAGAGGGAGAAGACUGAGAGGAGGAGGUGUCAGAAGCUGAAGAGGCGACGGGGUUUAGUGAGCAGGGAGAGCCUGUGGCAGAAAGAAGUGCAGAAUCUGAAUCAGAAGCUGAAGCAGAAGAGGAGGGAGGCCAAGAGGCAGAGAUGAGUCCAGGUGGGGAAGAGGCGGAGGUGUCUCCCCCUCCUACUGAAACUAGCUCCUCUCCCUGCUGGUCUCCCAGGACCAGAAGAGGUAUGAAGGGAGAGAAGCAAAGACAGGUGUGCUGGCACAGUCUCAGAUUGCUUGGGAAGGACCAGGGGGCGGAGGAGCCUUAGGCAGCUGCCUCAUAGGGGCAAGACCCACCAAGAAGAGUUGCUGUGCUCAUGAGGCCUGGCUCCUCUGAGCAGGCUUUGUUUCUUCUUAUAAAGAGUUAACUUCAUUUACUCAGUGUGAUUUAUUGCUGGCUGGCUCCCUGACACUGGAAGGGCUGUCUCAUGGGGUGUGCGGGGGGAAGGAAGGAUCCAGCCUGCCAGUGCAACCCAUUUCCCCACCGCCGGCAUAGAUCUGCACUCACAACUUCUUCUUUUUCCCGCAGCAGCUACUCGGAGGGGUUGCUGGGUGGGGCGGAGAACGGCAGCUCCCACAAGGAGACCCUGCAUUCGGAGGGUGAGUUUGCGGCCAGGCGGUUUGGAAGGCAGUGGGAGGAGCUGGAGGGGGCAAAUCAAGAGUUCUGGGUUCUUACCGAGCUCAGAGCCAGGGGAAUCCAGGGGCUCUGUGAGAGCAGGGAUCCGAUUGGUCUUUUGCUACCCCGAAGCAGAGCGAGAGAAGGACGGGAUGCUGGAAGGAGCCGAAUUCGAAGGGCGCAGCCCUGUGAGCGGACCGAAGCUGGGCAAGGCAACGGAGGAGAUCUUGGACGACAUGCUGAACUUGCACAAGCACCGGCCCGUGGGCCAGGGGGCCCUGUCAUCCGCCGCACAGGACAGAAGUAUGUAACGCUACUCCUUCGGAACUCCCUGCCUGUUGACAGCAGGCAGGCACCUUCAACUCCGCAUUUUCUAGUGUCUGCUUAAGAACGUUUAUGCUUAGGCAAGCCUAUCUAGGAGGUGCAGGUGGCACUGUGGGUUAAACCACAGAGCCUAGGACUUGCCGAUCAGAAGGUCGGCGGUUCGAAUCCCGGCGACAGGGUGAGUUCCCGUUGCUGGCUCCCUGCUUCUGCCAACCUAGCAGUUCGAAAGCACGCAGUGCAAGUUGAUAAAAAGGUACCGCUCCGGCAGGAAGGCAAAAGGCGUUUCCGUGUGCUGCUCUGGUUCGCCAGAAGCGGCUUAGUCAUGCUGGCCACAUGACCCGGAAGCUGUAUGCCGGCUCCCUCAGCCAAUAAAGCGAGAUGAGCGCCGCAACCCCAGAGUCGUCCGUGACUGGACCUAAAUGGUCAGGGGUCCCUUUACCUUUACUUUUACCUUUACCUUUAAGCCUAUCUAGACAUGUAGAGAAGCCUCCCCAAAAUUGCUGCUCUCCAGAGAUUUGGAGCUACAACUCUCAUUGGCCCCAGCCAGGGCUGCAGAAGACUGAAGUAGAAUGUUGACAUGUGUUUUAAUCUGGAUUUAAGCGUAUCAUUGAUUUUGGUUUUUUUAAAAAAACGACUUUGAGGUUUGUUUGUCUUUACAGUAAAGCGGUAUGUAAAUUGCAUGAAGCAAAUAGAUAACCCAGGGCUGGUGGGAAUCGGCAGCCCUCCAGAUAUCGUUGGAUUUCAGCCUCUAUCCAGCACGGCUGGUGGCAAAGGAUGAUGGGAGUUGUAGUCCAACAGUAUCUGGAGCGCCGGAGGAUUCCCCCCUCCCCUUCUCCAUUCUUUCCCCUCCCCUCUGCGGAGAUUCCUUCUGCCCCCACAUCCCCCCACAAGCCCCAAGGCUCACGAAGCAGGUGAAUCUCACCCCAGUCUUGUGUCCUUAACAGUAUCAGCCCUGAGGAGGCUACUUCAAGUAUCGGAGGAAGGAGAAGUUGCCUUCCCAGCAGCAGAACCUGUGGACCGUCCGCCGGAGAACGGGAACCCCCGCGAGGGAGAAGAGGAAGAGGAGUGGGAGGCGGGUCAUGGGACGGAGGCAGACGGCAGCCGACGGCAUCCAGGUGGGGGUCUGAGAGCCAGGUGCCUGCUGGGAAAGUCAGCCAGGACUUGGCGAGAGAGGGGCAUGCUGGGAGUAUUUCAUAGAAUCAUAUAUUCCCCUCCCUCCCUCUUUGCAGGAGGUCUCCCCAAUGGCCCCUUGGAGCCGGAGUGGGGCUCAGAGCACCUGGAUAGGGAAGGAUCCAGUUCCAUAAUUCUGACCCACCAACAAUCUGACGGGGUGAAGCAUCACCUGCGGCUUCUAGAAGAUGCCAUCCAGGGUCUGAAGGUGAGAGAGGGUUGCAAAGACACACUCACACACACCAGUUUGGCAUGCUCAGAAUUUACUGGGCAGUUUUGCACCUGUUUGCUUUCCUUGCAGAGCUAAACCCGAGCCCUGGAAUAUUAAUUUCCAAGAUCGUUAGGAAAGUGCAGAAGAUGGGGGAGGGAGGUGCGGGAGCAAACGCCUGAAUGUUUUUUCAAGCAGUGGGGUUGAAAGGGAAGAGGGGCAGAGAGAUGGGCCCUCGUGUUGAGAAUGAGGGAAGGAGUGUAGGAAGGUGUGUGAAGACCGCCCUUUGAUGGCUGCAGCCCUCGUCCACUGGGCUCUUUUUAAAUGAAGGAGAAAGACCAGGACUACAGCCAUGAACACUAGAAACUUAAUGCAGGCCGAGAUGAAUGGGAAGCCACAUUUUUCAAGACUAGAUGCUGCCUGGAGACUUCUCUCCUGAGCCCGUUCUCUUCACUAGACAAAGCAAAGAGCCGGGGGUGUGUGUCUCUCUUCAUGCCUGUACAUGAUUUGCUUUGUUAUAUUUCACUGCAUUUGGGUCCCAUCAUUUUCUCCAGGCAGCAAACGUGGUUCCCUCCCUCCUUACUUCACUCCCACAACAACCCUGUGAGUUAGGGCUGCUCGCUGUCCGUCGGCUUAACCUGAGGUCACCCAGUGCCCUGCUCUCCCCGGUCCUUGUCUGCCACCCUCUUAACGGCUUCUUUUUAGAAUUUAUUCCUUACAAGCCCCAGUUUAUGCACCAGGUCACCUUUAGAAGGGGGCUUGCCACUGAAGUGCUGGUUUUGACCUUUAAAGCCCUUCACGGUAUGCCCCGUGGAGGACCUUAAGGUCCAUAAAUAGCAACAGCCUAGUGGUCCCGGGCCCUAAGGAAGUCAGAUUAGCCUCAACCAGAGCCAGGGCCUUUUCAACACUGGCUCUGGCCUGGUGGAACACUCUGCCUCAUGAGACCAGGGCCCUGCAGGAUCUGAUUUCUUUCCGCAGGGCCUGUAAGACAGAGUUGUUUCACCUGGCAUGGAAUCAGUUUGACUCCCUCCCCCUCUUUCUUUCUUUUUCCUUUCUCCUCCUGUGAUGAGGCUGCAUUUUAAUGUUUUAGUGUUUUGAUGUUGUGUUUUGAUCUUGUUUUUAAGUUGUAGUUCAAUCAACUUGUUUUUAUUAUUGGUUGUUAGCCGCCCUGAACCCGGUCUUGGCUGGGGAGGGCGGGGUAUAAAUAAAAUUUAUUUAUUAUUAUUAUUAUUAUUUAUUAUGAAGCAGGAACAGGGAGCCCGUGGCCCUGCAGGUGUCCUUCGACUCCAGCUCCCAGCCGUCCAAGCCAGCAUGCCCAGUGGUCUGACAGGGGGCUGUUGCCCUGAGGGGAAGGGCUGCAGCUCAGUGGGAAGGGCUGCAUGCAGAAGCUUUCAUUUCCCAGCAAUUCUGGGGAGAGGGGUAGCAAAGACCCUAAUCUGAAACCCUGGAGAGCUGCUGCGAGUCAGUGCAGACAGUACUGAGAUAGAUGGACCCAGUGGUCUGACUCUGUAUAAGACAGCUCUUCCUGUGGCCCUGUGCAGUCCAGCAACACCCAGAGGGCGCCACGUUGGCCGAUCUAGAGCGACUGGGUUGCCAAGGUUGAAGCCUCUCACCCUUGAGAGUUGGGAGUGUCCACAUCCCUCCUUCACCCUCUCAGUGAAUUGUCCCCACAUCCCUCCUUCACCCUCUCAGUGAAUAUUUUCCUCAAUCUGUUUGUCUGCCUGUCGUACUAGGAAAUUGAAGCGGAUUAUUGGCACCUGCAGCAGCUGAUAGGAAAACUCACGCCAUCUCAGCCGCCCAGUUUCACAUGA